AUGGGCUUGUGUAUAUAUAUAGAACUGGUGUAUAGAGAUGGAGGUGGGGGAUCUAAAUGUAAUAAAGGGUGAAAUGUUGACAUGUACAGAUCCUAUGAACCUGUGGAGAGCGGUAUGGGGUGCAGAACGGGAGGGGGAGAUUGGUUGUGGGGGCUAGGUGGAGUAGUGAGCAAGAUACACUGCUCAAAAAAAUAAAGGGAACACAAAAAUAACACAUCCUAGAUCUGAAUGAAUUAAAUAUUCUUCUGAAAUGCUUUGUUCUUUACAUAGUUGAAUGUGCUGACAACAAAAAAACACACAAAAAUUAAAAAAUGGAAAUCAAAUUUUUCAACCCAUGGAGGUCUGGAUUUGGGGUCACACUCAAAAUUAAAGUGGAAAAACACACUAUAGACUGAUCCAACUUUGAUGUAAUGUCCUUAAAACAAGUCAAAAUGAGGCUCAGUAGUGUGUGUGGCCUCCACAUGCCUGUAUGACUUCCCUACAAGGCCUGUGCAUGCUCCUGAUGAGGUGACGGAUGGUCUUCGGAGGAAUCUCCUCCCAGACCUGGACUAAAGCAUCUGCCAAUUCCUGGACAGUCUAUGGUGCAACGUGAUGUUGGUGGAUGGAGCAAGACAUGAUGUGCUCAAUUGGAUUCCUGUCUGGGGAACGGGCGGGCCAGUCCAUAGCAUCAAUGCCUUCGUCUUGCAGGAACUGCUGACACACUCCAGCCACAUGAGGUCUAGCAUUGUCUUGCAUUAGGAGGAACCCAGGGCCAACCGUACCAGCAUAUGGUCUCACAAGGGGUCUGAGGAUCUCAUCUGCGGCCCCCCAAAGAAAUGUCACCCCACACCAUUACUGACCCACUGCCAAACCGAUCAUGCUGGAGGAUGUUGCAGGCAGCAGAAUGUUCUCCACGUCGUCUCCAGACUCUGUCACGUCUGUCACGUGCUCAGUGUGAACCUGCUUUCAUAUGUGAAGAGCACAGGGCGCAAGUGGCGAAUUUGCCAAUCUUGGUGUUCUCUGGCAAAUGCCAAAUGUCCUGCAUGGUGUUGGGCUGUAAGCACAACCCCCAACUGUGGACGUCGGACCCUCAUACCACCCUCAUGGAGUCUGUUUCUGACCGUUUGAGCAGACACAUGCACAUUGUGCCUGCUGGAGGUCAUUUUGCAGGGCUCUGACAGUGCUCCUCCUGUUCCUCCUUGCAUAAAGGCAGAGGUAGCGGUCCUGCUGCUGGGUUGUUGCCCUCCUACAGCCUCCUCCACGUCUCCUGAUGUACUGGCCUGUCUCCUGGUAGCGCCUCCAUGCUCUGGACACUACGCUGACAGACACAGGAAACCUUCUUGCCACAGCUCGCAUUGAUUUGCCAUCCUGGAUGAGCUGCACUACCUGAGCCACUUGUGUGGGUUGUAGACUCCAUCUCAUGCUACCACUAGAGUGAAAGCACCGCCAGCAUUCAAAAGUGACCAAAACAUCAGCCAAGAAGCAUAAGAACUGAGAAGUGGUCUGUGGUCACCACCUGCAGAACCACUCCUUUAUUUGGGGUGUCUUGCUAAUUGCCUAUAAUUUCCACCUGUUGUCUAUCCAAUUUGCACAACAGCAUGUGAAAUUGAUUGUCACUCAGUGUUGCUUCCUAAGUGGACAGUUUGAUUUCAUAGAAGUGUGAUUGACUUGGAGUUACAUUGUGUUGUUUAAGUGUUCCCUUUAUUUUUUUGAGUAGUGUAUAUUGGGUUGGGGAGAAUGAAUGACAGGUUGGGAAAAAGAUAGCUGGGAUUGUGAGUUUUAGAUUAAAACUGUGACUGUUCGCCCAAACACAGGACUGUCGGCAGGUAUGCUAAGUCCACCAGAAGGCUACUGUGCUGUUUAAGAGCAUUCUUAUAAAUUUGAUGCCUCCUGACAGUCUAAACAUCAUCAAAAGUAGGUUUGAGCACAUGGUAGGGGGUUGCAAUAUGUCAACUUUGGAUACAGGUUGCACGAGCUAACCAGGGUGACAGAAAGUGUACAUCCCUGAACCCCCUGCUAGACUUUAAUGUACUACUAAACAUAUGUUGAUGAUAUAUAAUGUAAAGCAGUUCUGUAGGCAAGGAAAACAACAAAAAUAAAAAGCAUAUAAGCGUCACAAGGAUUUUUACAAACUAUACCUAGCGGCAAUCCAAUCGGCAAAAUUCGGGUGAUUCAAGUUGUGAUUAUAACUGAGAUUUUUUUUCAGUUAUUUUGCGCAUGUUUUGCCAUUUGAAUUUCAAUGCGUCACAAUUCGACAUUUAGUGAAUCAACCCCAAAGUGUACCGGGUCCGCCCCCUAGCAACAUAACAACUACAACAUUCAGAAAUGGCUAUGGCGAUUGGAGUGUCUCUUUAAUAGUGUUAAGAAAAUCAAGGCCUUUUUCGCUUUAGCGACUAGCGUUUCCAAAAAAGUGCCAAUAUGCCACGUUAUAAAAUGCAUGAUGUGUGCAAAAUCUGUGCAUGGCGCUAGUGAGGAGGAAAUGUAAAUUUGCACGGGCACAAUUUAUUUUGCAAAUUUUGUAAAAAUGACUAAAAAGAAAUCACUAUGUUGUCUGAGAACACCGGCUCAGAUUAAAGGCAUUUUUUUUUUGUAACAUAAUGUGUCAUAAGAAAAGAGCAAAAUGUAUGUAGACUUGUGAAAUUAGCUGCAAGCAAAACAAUGGGACCUUUAGCCUUGUCUCAGAAUGUCUGUCUAAGCUGCUCCUCUGCUUAGCAAAUCAUCUCAUAUUCUCACAUACCAGGAAGAAAUCUAUCCAAUGCUGUUUACUUCUGUAACUUUGCUGGGAAAUAUCCCUGUCUGAUUCCAUGAAACCAAAUCUCUGGAUUUACUGAGCAUAAACAAAUCAAUUUACUUUCAGACAUACAGUAUUUACUGUGCUCUCAGUAUACCUUAAUAUCAUCUUCAUAUUAUCAUAUAUGUAAAGGACAUCAACUGUGCAAUGCAGGAAUUGGAUGGACGGACAUACAGACAGACAGUGAGAGAGGAUAGAUAGACAGACAGACAGUGAGAGAGAGACAGACAGUGAGAGACGGACAGUGAGAGACAGACAGAUAUUGAGCAGAAAACAGAGAAGUGAGCCCUUUUCUCAGUGUUUACACACAUGACAGAGUACAAAGCCCACCCUCUCCUUAUCAGAUGAUACAAUGUAUUUGUUUUGAUAACUGAACGUUCUGUUAUGAAUGUAAACAAAAGGCAGAUGAGAUUAACCCACUGAUAGCCGGAGCUGUGCCCAGUGAGUGCAGUAUGUGUUAAUGGGCUGCUCCCCAGCUCGCCAGGGACUAGUAAUAAUAAAUAAUGUGCAUGCCUAUCAGCCUCCCCCCUUAGCAUGCCCAGCCUGUGUGUAACCCGAUCCUCUCCAGCCAGCUGAAGGGAGAGGAGGGGAGGCAGGGAGGAGGGGGAGAAGGAGGACUCUGUGUGUCUCUCUCCCUCUCUCCUCUCCCUUUCUCUGCUCUUUUUUCUGCUUCCUGUCUCGUAUUGUGCUGGGGAGCGGAUGUGUGCAUCGCCCACAGGUGUGUCUCUCCCAGAGAGGGAAGCUGCAGGUCCUGGUGGUGUACUCUGCGCUGAUAUGGCCCCAGGAGUGCGUAGGGGCAGUGGGCACGGCGCUGGACUUGGCUUGCAGCUGGAGGCUUGCCUGUGAUCAGCGCUCAGUGUACUCGGCACUCUGCUUCAACUUUCGGUGAGUGAGUCCUCUCCCCCAGCCUGGCUGGUACACUGGGGGCAUUGGCCAACUUACCUGGUGGGGGUAUCCAGCCCCCCUUAUUCAAGGCUCAGGUCCCCAUUGAUUUACAUUGGUGCCAGUUAGGUGGCAUGGGCUGUAAGGGGAGAGGGGGGACACGCCUCCCAGACACUCAGAGAGUUUUUUAGUGAGUGCUUGUGGCUAGCCCUGCUUGUAUAAAGCUGUUUUCAGGAAAACCUUUUCCCAUUAAUUGCUGCCAUUGUGGCCCUGCCUGGGUGGACUUUGGCAGGAGCUUGCUAAAUGGGAGCUCACUAUGGGGCACAUUGUGUUCAUGUGUAGAUGGUGAUCUUUCUACUCUUUAAUUAGGUAAAUGUAAAUGGAAAGCCUCAGCACUCCCCCUCCCCACUGUAAGACUUAGUUGUGUUGGUGUGCAGGGAUAACGAACUCUGGCACCCCAGGAUGUCUGUGGAUUGCAAGCCCCAAGACACUCAGGCAGCCUUUAACCCACAAACAUCUGGCAUGCCAAGCUUAGCCAGCAAUGAGAAUUGACUCCUUUCUUCAGAUCCUUGUGUCAUGCUUUGACUGUGGGCUGAUACAUUUUAGGAUUUCUUUUUCAAACAGGGAUUGAGCUGUGUCUGUGGAUAAUUUAUUGGUUAUUGAUACAAUCUGUAUUUUGGUUAUUACUGAUUUUCAGACUAUCAGAAGGGGUGUUUUUGUUUGUUUUUUGAAGAAAUCCUGCUUUGCAAUUAAAAGUAAAGUUAUGGUUUUUAUGUCGCUAUAGUAGUUUUGCUGAUUUUAUACGAAUGUAGUGUGUUUUAUUUUUUAUUUUUAUUUGAAUGUAUUUUUGUAGUAAUGUUAAUGCUUUCUUCUUUUCUAGUAAACCUAAUAUUUGAUUUAUAAUUACAUUGUCAUUUUCCGUUUGUGUGUGUGUAUAUAUUAUUAUUUUAUUUUUUCUGUCAUUUUCCAGAAUGGUGUUUCCAUUUUUUUUUUUUAGUGAUUUCUGUGAAUUCUGUGUUUUAGUUUCCUCAUCUGUAUGAGCAGGCUGACCCAUGCUGUAAGCUGGAGCAAUGACUGUGGAGGCCUCAUUAAGCAUUCUUUGAGUUGAUUCAGUACUUGUGAAGGAAUAUUCAUUCAAAGUACAGAAUCUGAGUCUAACAAGGGGAAGUCUGCUGUAGGGCAUAUUAUUGCUAGGAGUGUAAACAUCAAAUAUCCUUUGAAGACUUUGCUUGCUUUAGACAAGUCCAACUUUAGUUUUUCUUCUUUUGAGCUAAAACUUGACAUUUUGUUGUUGGUUUGUUUUUUUUAAUGUUUGCUCUUUGUCGUAUUUUCCUUUUAUUUUUUUUGUUUCCUAUACAUAGUAUAUUGUGUUUUUUUCUUGUUUGUUUUUUUUUUUUUGUAACUGUAAAUUAUCAAUGCUGAUUUUAUAUACUGUAAUACUGUCCAACUUGGUAAAUACUGAUCCCACAAUGCACAUACCAAUACACAAAGGACAGGGGACUAAUCCAGUGAUCUUAAAUUCCAGCAAACACAGGACUUUCUACCGAGAUGCUUAGCCUGAUACCUUGUGAGUUCACAAUUUAAUUGUUCGUGAUUGUUUGAAUUGCUGUGAUUAAUUAUCUGAGAUAUUCCAGGGCUUUCACAGUUUUCUUUACAUUCCUUUUUAGAUAGUGAUGCUGACAGCCAUGAGAGGCCUGUUAGCCAUGGUAAAAUUUCAGGGUUAAAAUGGCAUCAAUUGAAUUUUUUUUUUUUUCGAAGUGAGACUUUCAAAGUAAAAAUGAAAGUGAAUUUCCAAUUCAAGUUCAAAAUAGCCGAACUGGAAAAAUUCUCUAAGUCAGAAAUUCACCUUGAAUUCAUUUUGACUUCUCACUUUUUAGUAAAUAACCCUGCCAGACAGACUCUGUUUACUGGUACGACAGACAUCCACUGCAUCCUUACAAAAUGUGGUAUUUGGGAUAGUGUAUAUUACAUUCUGUGCAUAUACUUUGUAUCAAUGUUGCGUAGCGUUCUAUUUUGGAGAUAAUACACGUUUCAAUGUUCAAUUUGCAAUAUAAUUUAGUAAAAUAUACGCUCAUUGACCCCAAAUAAUUAUUUUAGCUUUUGCAUUUAUUUGGUGGUUUGUUGUUUUUUUAAAUUAUUUUACAAAUGCAAAUUUUUUAAUCCCCUUAGGGCCAAUAACUGCUUAUAACAUCAAACAAAUCCUGUAUCGAUGUGAAAAGUCAGACUCCUUUUAGGGACAGCAUUACUCUAUACAGCUGCUCAUGUUACAUAAGCAGGAUAAACCUAGGAAUUCUGGGUUCCUAACUAACGUGGACUCAAAGUGGAUUUAAACAUUUAGACCAAAAUAGGCGUGCUGAAAACAUGCAUGUCUUGGAUAAUUUUUCCAAUUUGUUUAUUUUGGGCUUACAUUUGAAAUUCACUUUGAAUUCAUUUCAAAUUCCCAGCAAUUCAUACUUUACAUGAAUAUUCACAAAAAUGAGAAUUCAAACUGAAUUUCAAAUGUAAGGUCAAAGUAGCCAAAAUUUAAAAAUUCUCUAAGUUAGCGAAGAUUUCAGUUUGACUACUCGGGCCUUAAAUUUGAAAUUCACUUUGAUUUGUCAGGUUAGUAAAUAACCAAGUAAGCGAAUAACUCUGAUAGUGUCUGCAUGAGCUAACUUGUUGAAGGAUGUACUUGGCCAUAGAGGGGUUAAACAGGUCCCACCCAGCAUGAGACUGUCCUGCUUUCCUUUUCUGAUGGAGUAAUCUGAACUUGCAGUUGCUUUCUGUAGUGAGUUCUGUGCCAAUUCUUCAUUGAGAUGGCGUGAACGUGGGAGGCGUAGGAUGACAGGACCUGUAGAUAUCACAGGAAUGCUCGAGGUCUAAGACUAUUUGCCUUAUUUUUAGCCCAGUGCAGGGACAGCAGUACUAUUAACUCACCAUUUCCAUUUGGAAACCAAAUCAAACAAAAAGGCGUAAAAAUAGCCCCAUCGAUGUACUGCGAAAAUAUUAAUUAAAUAAAAUAUAAAAAAGUAUAUAUAUUGCAGUACGCUGAUAGAGUGUUUUCCCACCAUUUGGUUCACACAUUAAGUGAAUAAAACUAACUAAUAGAGGGGGAAAAGGAGGAACAGUAAAAAUAAAUAAAUAAAACAAAUAUAUAAAUUAAAUAUGUAAUAAAAAUAGAUGUAUUUUUAAAAAAAUUACGGCUACUAAUUUUUCCCUCUUGCUCAUUUCUCACUUGGUCUGUUAAUAAAAUCAACAUUUAUGGUCCCCUAGCCAUCAAUCAGUAAUAUUUUUUUUCUAUCCCAUCAUUCAUCCUGUUUUUUUGUUGUUGUUUUUUUUGUGCCAUGGGUUGAAUUCUGAAAAUUGCCCCUCCCCCACCCCCCCUCUCUCUCCCCCAGCUGAACAUGUUCAGCACUGCAUGGUUUGGUUAAUCCAUAAUCCGUCAGUCAGUAUACUUUGGCCAGAAUGUGGGAAUUUGGAUGAAUUCUGAUCAGUCCAUAUUCAGCUGAAUUGCAGUUCUGAAACGAAUCACCGACUCUACUGAAAAAUUGGAAACUUUCUCCAAACAUUCUUCUUUUUUUCUUUUUAUUGUCCACAAUUCUCGAUUUAGAGAAUAAACCCCCUAUGUAAAUAUUCCUAGUCAACUGCCUCUAAUAUUUAAUCCUCCUUUAUUAACCAUAAUAAACUUGUCACACUUUCCUGGGUAGCAAAAUGGGAGUUCUAGAUGGACCCUGUAAGCACUAUAACCAUUUCUUCUUAUUUAGGUGGUUAUAGUGCCUGGAGUCGCCUGGCAUGGGCCCUUUAUUCGGUGUUAAACCAUUUUCAAGCAGUUUAACACCGAAUGAAGGUCCCUGGCAUUUUAUAGCUCCACCUCCACUGGAGGUGUGGCUAAGUCAGAGAUUACAUACUUCCUUGUAGCCAUAUCAAAUAAUAUCAGCAAUGAGAGCUGUGAUAGGCUGAAAGCGGUCAGCUGACACUUUCAGCCAAUCACAUCUGUCUCUAACUGCUUAAACUAAAGCUUACUCACUAGCUCAAUCAGCACAGAGGGGAUGGGCUGCUGGGGCUCUUAUUAAAGGGACUCUCCAGUGCCAGGAAAACAAACUGUGCCAUAUGAAAAAAAUGUUAUAAACUUUGCCACGAACUGUAACUUUUGCAGGAUUCACGGCCCCUGGUUCCUGUUUUUUGUCAAAAUUUGGCAUAUUCUGGUUAUAGAGAGGUUAUUCUCCGAAUUUUAGGAUAAAGUAGCAUUUCUGCUAUUUGCUCUGUGUAGUCUCGUCAUAUUUUGAAGACAAGAAUGUAAUAAGAUAUCCGCUAUAUUCAUAAACAUUUCAGAAAGUGGCGUACUUGGCAAACAUUCUCUUCUCUAUGUGAUUAAUGAUCCUCUAACAUUUUCAGGUCAAGAAAACAUGGGCCUAUUCACUGUAUCGCAGGGAAUUCAAAACCAAGUUGCAGGCCCCAAAAAUAACUAAGGCUAUUGUGGCCAUAAAUCUGAAAUUCACUUGGAAAUUUUUAUGUUCGUGGAUAACUUUGUUGGUGUAGUUCUUUGUACUGUAGAGUUUUUUUUUUAUUAUUUUUUCAAAUUGUGGAUUGUAAACUAUUAACAAGAUAAUCGCAAUUUUGAGGCCAACAAACCUGAAUUGUGAAUACCAUUCAGUUUAUAUUUUUGGCCUCCUCGGUCAUUUUGUAAAUUCUUUGUCAGUUCUCAACAAUUUCUGGUUUAGUGGACAAACGUUUGACAUGGAUUAUUUUUUUGUAGCCAGUUGAAAUCCAAUGUUCAAAUUUAGGUUUAAACAGCGAAGCUGUAACUAUAGCGGGGUUGGAGAAUUUUUCACAAUCUUUUUCUAUUUUUGCCUAAAUAUAGCCAUUUGUAUUUCAAUCCAAUUCCAAGUUUAGAGCAAAAUGCAGAGAGUGUUCUAAGACUUUGCAAAACUUUUCUUAUCAGAUAGCGUAGCUCCUGGAAUUCGGAGACACAGCUGCGUCUGCUGAAACCUUCCUUUGUCUACAUUCCAUUCUUUCUGUCAAAUGGAAAACUUCACUCUACCUCUUUCUCUCAAGAAAUAAUUAGAGAGAGUUUCUUCAUGCCAGUUCACGGCAGUUUCACACAGUAAGAAUAAUAGUGAUUAAAAUAUACACGGGAAGCAUUUCUCUAUAAAAAAAAACUUUAAUAGAGUUAAAUUAAACUUUAAUUUACCAAAAUGAUCCAGUUUUAUAGAAUUUUUUUUUUUUCCAAAUUUAUUAAAAUUAAGGUGCAAUUUAUUGCAUUGUCUUCUAAGCAGCGAUGCGGUAAUUGGGCCUCUCUCUGAGUCUGUGUACACAACGGCAAUGCUGCCUGUGAUUAAUAUAUUUUUUUGUGUGUGUACUUUGCGUGGCAUUGUAGAAGUGUUGUAAAAACUCAUUAAUAGAGGCUGCUAUGCCUGCUAUAUCUUAUUAUUAAUAUUAUUUAUUUGCUUUAUGAUAUGUGAAUCAUAUCAUAAAGCAGAAAGUUCUGCCCUGCAGCCUAUAGGAUUGAUAUGUUGUAGACAGGAUGCCAUUUUUAAAAAAAAAUAUAUUAUUAUUAUUAUUAUUAUUAUUACAGAAGGAAUUCCAAAGCUUGAUUUCUGUCCUAAAUUAUAUGAUUGCUACUUUGUAUAGGGCUGAACUUUUCCUAGUAUGUUAGGCCGUACACACCACGCACUCAGCGUUGUCGCUUUCCCAGAUUUUCACAGCAUUUCGGUACUCCUCUUUUUCUAGUAAUUUUCUUUUAGUGCUCCGAAUUUUAGAUCUGGCCCAGUUUAGAAUGUGAUUAGGCCAAACGCAGCUGCAGUUCAUAGUCCCUUUGGGGUGAGCAAUCACCAGAGUGUAUUGCUUGCUCUCCUUGCAGUUAGAGGUCAAAGUGUACAGGGCCCCAGAGUGACUGUGCUAUCUCUUUACCACUCAGUAGCAAAGUCUAAAAUUGAUUGCUGAUUUCUAUCUGUGUUUGAGGCAUUGCUCUGACAUUCUGUAUAGAUGUGGCUUUCUCCUUACUUGAAAUACCAACACCCCCUACAGUAGUCAUUGUUAUUUAAUGGCUUAAACAAGCGUCAGGAAUUUUUAAUUUGUACAAAAAUGUGACAACUUGUUUUGUACAUGAAAACAUUAACAGCAGGUAAACUGAUUUAUUGCUGUGGGGAUUUUUUGUUUUUUUAAUUGCAACAUUUUCUUCACUUUGAAAUAUCAGCUAGCUAGCUUUAUAGAAUGUACAGAGAGCUUGGGGCCGUCCGACCCAUCAUGCUUUGUGGACAAACGUCACCUGUAGAUUCCGAUGUGUAGUUCCUGCUAAGAGUUUCCCUAAACACCUAUAGUGUAUUUUAGGCCGAAACAGUCAAAGUGAAAGCGUAACUAAAUUGGAGAAUGUCACAUUCACUUUGAAUUCUCACUUUAUUGAAUAAUCUCUUGGUUUUUGGUUAAAAUAAAGAUCGUGAAUAUACAUUUUUAAAACCCAAAUUACUCUUUUUGCAACAUUAUUUCAGUUCAAAUGUCUUCCGUAACAUUUUAAAUUUCGGUUGCUUAAAUUUCUGGCACUGGGGCUUAAAACAUCAAAAUCUGUUUGAAUUUUAUCUUUUCUUUAAGAAACGGUAAUUAUUACAUAACGUGGCACAUAAUGCAGCUUUGAGAGCAAACUCUGGCUUUGAACAUAAAAGGCAGUUUGUAGCGGAAUGCAGCGUAUAACUCUGCUGGUUCUAUAGAGUGCUUUGUGCAAUCCUGCUGCAUUCUAUUCUGCCACUUUGAUAGUUUUUUAGAAUCCUCACUACUACAAUCGAGGCUUUUUUUUCCUCUAACCAUUUACAAUCUGAUCCAUUUGUUUCCUGACAUUAUAAUUUCUAAAUGCCCUACACAUGUACCUCUCUGCAGGAAGCCUUUAUGCAAAGGUUUAAUUGUUCCUGCCAAUGAAAUGCCCUGACAUUAUUAAUGCGGAGGACAGGUCAAAUUAAAGCUUUGCAUACGCUUUAUUUAUCUUCUGGUUUUUUUUAAAUAGUUUGAAGCAAAGCCAUAAUGCUUCAUUUACGGGAGUUAAAUCUUGCUGUCUUUGCUCAAUCUUCUUUAGCUGCAGUCUUUCGACGUCAAAACACCUGAGAAAGGAAAACCACAGCUUCCUACUUUUCAAUCUCAAACCACAUCUGUGGUCACAAUUAACCAAGGAUUGCUCUUGAUCACAGCGUCUGCGCUGACUAGAUCUGUGUACAGUCCUCCUUACUCCCGUUCCCAUCAAAGCUAGCUUUACAUCUCACUACAAAUGUUAUAAAGUGCACCACUUGAAUGGGAGAGACCGUCUGAUUCAUUUAUCGUUCAAGAAUUUCACCGAUCAGUGAACGAUUUUUUUUUUUUUUAAAUCUUUAUUUUUGCUGUGCAGGUGAAAAAAAAUUACAAACUGGCUCCAGGUACCCCAACGGCAUUCCUUGAGCUGCUUGGCUUGUAUAACAAAUAGGGUAGUUGCUAGGCAUUGCACAUUUUUUGGUAAAUUAGGUGCAAGAUUAAGUUACAUGCAGGCAGAAUAUUUAAUUUACGUUUAGCUAGGUACAUGCUGAAAUAUGAGAGAUAUAUCAUCACCACUUAGAUCCCUAUAGCUACAUAUGAAUGCAAAUAGUAAGGCUAGAACAUUAAAACGGGUAAUAUUUCGAUAUAGUUAUACUGCGACAGGUGAAGACUAUUUAGGUCAUAUUUAGAGAGUCCCCUUGUGAUUGGUGAAUUCAUGCCCUCUGUGGAUUCAGCUUGUUCACGCUGUUGUCCGGUGGUCUGCCUGUGUUGCGGCUGCUGCAGGGCUAGUUGACAGGUGCUGCACGACAUACCGGGAGUGAUGUGCGGCAUCCGGCUCACUGGACCUGGACCCCGGUGUGUCUGGAGGGUGGCGUGGUGCGGAGUGGGGGCUGAUGGGCAGGCACUGGCUUGGCUUGCUGUGCCCCUUUUCCCGCCGCUAGUUGCUGUUCCAUCCCCUUACCGGAGCCGGGAGCUUGAAGAGUCACCCGAGGUAGGUGUUCCGUUAGGGUGCCAGGAUGCGUAUGUACGGCUGGACUUUGUGGGUGUCUGAUCAUUUGGUGCCGCUGAACCGCGUUGGUAGCUGCGUUUGUGGGGUGGGCAUCUUUCAUGCACUCAGAUCUUGGGGUUAGGCGCGCGGUCUCCGCCAUCUUAGAGUCUGCAACUGGUAGUGCUGCUAGGCCUUAGUCUCAGUCGUAGUGGUCGGGACUUCAGGGUGAGGACCGGCAUCACCCCCGCCGGUCCAGAGGGGGGGAAAUGGAGCCGGUUCCUCGAGGGUUUAAGCUUCAGGCUGGACACUGUUCAGCAGGAUAGCGGGGCGGCGGCCAUCCGCUCUACUCACCGCUGGAGCAGGCCUCCACUUUAACAUUGAAUAUUUCUUCACCAGGGGACUAAUACUCGUCGAUCAAGCCUCACCCUGGGUUCAGUGCACUCUGCCCGUCGAGGGUCGCCGUUGCUGGCCGGUAUUUUUGGUAAAAGUCGUAGUUUUGUGGCUGAAUGGUUUAGUUUUUGCUGGAGCUGGUCUGUCUUGCGACUGUCCAGCUCGGCGGUCCAGCCCCGCCCCUGACCGAUUUUUUUUUUAAAGCUUGAGGGUUCCACUCCUUCCUGCAUUUGGAGUUAUCUGCACUGUAUGAAACUUGCACUUUAAGAAUAAAGCGGUUUAUACAAUAAAAACUUAAUUUUGCAGAGACUUGAAAACCAAACUGCAAGAUGUAAGCAGCAAUGGUUGAUUUAGAAAAAUCCAGCUCUGCUAUGGUCGCAGAUUAGUUACUGCAGCCUGCAUCUUGCAAUUAGUUUUAUUUUAUUCACUAAAAGUUGGUGUUUAUUGAGUCAACUCCAAAAGAUUUAGAAUGAACCCUUCCAAAUGUGCUCCUUUUUGUUCUAUGGCAUUUGGAUGAUGCAGGCUAUUAGAAAAUGCUUUAUCAAAGGACCACUAAGUCACCCAGACCAGUUUAUUUCAAUGAAGUGAUGUGCGUGCAGUGGCACUUUAGUUUUAACCCUCCAAAUUAAAACAUUGACAUUUUAGUAGCUAUGGCAAUGUUAUGAUUGCAGGGAUAAGCUCACGUCUAGUUGCUGUCUCCUUGACAGCCAUUAGAGGGGCUUCAUACACAUAGAGUUUGACUCGAUUACAUGAUGGUCAUCAUCUUCACACAUUGGAUUCCAUGCUUCCCCAUGAGAAGCAUCGAACUGGACGUCCACACAUAGCACUUGCCGCACAUAUGUAUAUUGUUCCCAAUUCUUUUCUAUGAGAAGCAUUGGAUUGGACAAUGAGUGGCUACAUAUUAAUAGGCACUAGGACAAGAGUGUAUGUUCGUAUUCUUAACGCAUUGCUUCCAUAAUUGUAUCAUAUCUCAAAUGUGGUCUUCUUUUGCACUUAUGUAUAUACGCGUGUAUAAUGAUCUACUCGUUAUCGCAGUGAGCAGAUAACAUUUUACAUUUCUGGCCUUCAUGGCGUGACUGGUACUGCAAAUUUUAAUAGCAAGUUUUAGGUCAAAACAACCAAAUCGUGGAAUAUUCUUCAACACAGCAGGCCUAUUUUCUAAGUGAGCAAUUUAACCUUAUAGUUGCAGUAACACAAUGUUCAGCUUAGUAAAUUAACCUGUUCGAACGUCGUACCUCUCUGAUUCUCAACACAACUUCUAAUGCGUGAACACACUGGAUUAGUCUUGCCGUAAUGCAGACGUUAUGAGUGUAUAAGCCGGACAACACAACUGGGUAAGUUGUAAAGGUGUAAAUAUAGCACAUUUGUAAAACAUUACCUGUCAGUCAGAUUACUUGCUGCAACAUGUACCUGGUCAAACGCGUCCCAAAAAUCCUUGCAUCUUAAUCUGAUAAUCGUUUUUGUGAAAAAAAAAAACAGAAAAAAAAAACUUUAAGGCUGAACCAGAAUGAGACUGACACGAAACCCUUAUUUUUACAUUCAAAACCUCAUUUUAGAUUUUGGGGUAGAUUAACAGGUUUGUUUUCUAAACAUUGGCUUGUCAGGAGUUGAUGAGAUUUUAGGCCACAAUAGACUUGAGAAACUUUUUUAACUCUACUUUUUUACCAUUCUAUAUUAUCUCCUCCUAAAAUUUGCACUUCCCUGGUGAAUAUGUGAACAUUCAUGUUUUAGUAAAUAAGUGGAUCAGUUUCUAACCUCUGGGAAGUAGAUGCACUCAGAUACGUUAUUUAAUGUUUGGUUAUUAAUUGCUAAAGGGAUUACUCACUGAACUCCAAAUUGUAAUCAAUUGACAUCCAAAUGGUAAACCGUUACAAACAUAUUCUCAAACAACAGUAUAAUCACCGCUAUAUUUGCUGAAUUUUGCCCUUUGGAAUUUACUAACUAGAAUUUGGUCUUUAGUGAAUAAAUCACACAUCAAAUUUUACUAGUAGUGCAGUUUGCUAAAAUUCGGAACAGAAUAUAAAAAGUCAUCAUUUGAACAUAAUGCCCACAUACAGUAAUACAGUUAAAUCAUAUGUUGCUAAAAUAAAGGUAUUUAAAACUGCUACAGUAUAUAUAGCCACCUUUAUCAGUCUUUGUACAGUAAUGCUGACAGUGAAAUGGUAGUCCGUUCACUUCUACCUGUCCCUGACUGUAAAAAUGGUAUCACCCAAUGAAACUUCCUGUACUGUUUGGAAGGAGGGGGAGCUGACAUUUUCAUCAACUUUGCAUUCAUGAUAUCCGCAUACUAGUGUCUUCUGGCAGAGAAAUUAAUUGCUCUACAGGCUGGUAAUCAUAACUCUACUGUUAAUGAGGGUGAAAAAGGAUUUGUGGACUAGAUUUAAACUGAAACAUACAUUGCAGUUCUGGCAUUGAAGGGGUUAAUAUGCCCUUUUUAUCCCCUUUUCUUAGAAAAACAUUAUUUCACAUUUUGGAUUCCCUCCAGGCAUUUUUCAAACAUGUGAAUUACAUGAAUUCCUAUGUUGCAGUUCUGCAUUCAGACGUCUCAUUCUAUACAGUGCCUGCAAGAUCCAUAAUGAAUAAGUUAAAUAUGCUGCUUUCUAGACAAUCUUUCAAUUCCGUACAUUCCUAUUAUUUCCCAGCUCUGUGUUAUAAUUGUGGAUAUGUUUCCUUUUUUUAGACUUUGAUUAUGGUAAUUUUUUUCAUUUGUAGUCGUAUUAAGAACUCGGUGCUAAGAUGUCUUGCCCCAUUCAACUCUCAGCUUUUCUUAUUCUCUAAAAGCUGAACUGGAACGAGGUGAAAACUGAAUUGUACAAUUUAGGAUAAAAUGUCACUGCUAUUAACUGAACUGUGAAUUGUCAGAAAUUAAAAGUGAAUAAUAUUAUAGUCCAGAAUUGCCAAACUGGUAAAAUUAUCUUAAACAACAAUGGGCUUGUUUCCAACGUUAUCAGUACUUUGUAUCAGCUCGACAAAGCUCGACAAAAUGCCUGUCGCUGCUAUAGUAGUUAUUUACCGACUGCAAUAUUUCACAAGUAGCGACUGUGAGUUACUGUCUGCAACUGCUUAAAGGGACACUAUAGGCACCCAGACCAUCUUAAUCCCCUGCAAUGAUUACAUUACAGUACCAAGACUGCCUCUAGAGGCGGCUACACAGAGUUUGACUCUAUGAAACGACGUUGUUCGUCAUCACGCUCUGCAAGAGGACCUCCAGCGUCAAGGAAAACCCCAUAGGAAAGAAUUAAAGCGGCACUGUCACGCCAAAACUUACCUUUCUCCUAUUGUUCCCUCUUCUCUUCCUCUCUCAGAAUCUGUUCUUCUUCUUUUCUUCCUUUCUGAUCCAGUUUUCUUUAAAACAUAAGACAAAGUAGGGACUACUUUGUCAUAUGUAUUUUUCCUACGUUCGACCUUCUUUGACCAAAGGAGGGGUUUAAGUCAGCUCCAUUUCCUGUGUCAAGGAGAAGGGUGAGUACUUUCUCUGACACAUGAAAUGGAGCUGACUUAAACCCCUCCUUUGGUCAAAGAAGGUCGAACGUAGGAAAAAUACAUAUGACAAAGUAGUCCCUACUGGAUCAGAAAAGAAGCACAGAUUGUGGAAGAAAGAGGUAAAAGGACUCUCACCACAUAUGCAUUAGUUUUGUUUUUCAUGUUUUUUUUUUUAUUUAAAUUUAAGCAAAAAGUAUAUUGGCUACAUUUUAAAGGGGAAAUGUCACUUUCUUGCAGUUUAUUAUAUUAUUUUAGUAUUAUCUUUACUUAUUUCCCUUUUAUUAGCAAAUAUGUGUCUGUGAGGUCCUAAAGUAACCUUUUAUAUAUCCAAAUUUACAAAGCUGUAUUUAACUCCAGAUUUGAAACGUCAGCCUAGUGAAGGGAAGAGAAACACGUCUUCUGGAAGAUUUACAGAUUCGCGGACAGUUUUGCUGCUAACGUCCACAAAUAAGCUGUUUUCUUUGAUACAUUUUUCCUUAUCUGACCCGUGAAUGAAAUGGCGCCUUUUUUAUUUAUAUUUCUUCUCCCCAACAUUCUUUUUCCCUACUAAUGUCCUCAAUUACAGAAUCCCUAAAACCACCCUUAUUUCAGAUCAGCUUUGGAUACUAUGUCUUCAAAACAUAGUUUGGCCAUUUUGUUAAUAAUAAUAAUAUUUUUUUUUUUAAUAAUGCACUUACUGCUUUCUGCAUCAGAAUGCCUUAAAAGCUGCUUAAUUCAUGUCAUGUUAAAUAUAUUUCUAUAUGACGUUAUAAGGAAACCCUUCUGAUAAAAGGUCCAGGAAUGCAGCACAAGUUAGCACUCUGUGUUACUUUGUAAUUUACGAGAACGUCCUGGAAAUGGAACGUGUCGUAAUUAAGUAUUCCUGUUUUUAUGCUGUCAUUGCUAAUCCUGUGAUUGGUCAUUGGAAGGGACUCGAUGGCUUAGUGGAUCUGAGAAACAGGCGAGCGAAGGCUUUUGACCUUUGGCCUGCGUUGCAGAGCUAUAAAUGGCAAAUAUUAACUAAGAUAAAAGCCCAAGUGAAGUCAUGUCAGCAAGGAAGCGAUAUCCAUUAUGUUCUAAGCUGGUAUCGAGCUGUGAUAAAAGCAGCAUAUAAAUAUUCCAGAUUGUACACAUUUAUCGAUCUCUUGAAAUACUCCUAUUCUUCCCUGUCCGCAGCUCUUUAUAAUUAGGAACACCCCAGGCACCAUAACAACUUCAACAAAAUUAAGUUGCUUUGGUGCCAGGAGGACCCUGGUGCUUUCUUACCUUUAGGGGUUAAACCGUGAACGCUCCAAGUCAAUCUGAGCUAAUUUUCUGAAGGCGGAUGUGGAGAAGGACAGUGAUGAAGAGCGCUGGAGAGCCAACUUUGGGGUUACCCUGUUUGUAAACAUUUUUUUACCCUUAAAGGUAAAGAAGCGCCUUUUUUUUUUUCCCUUUAAAUGUUACUGCAAGUAGGGGCAAUGGAUACAGGGAAGGAGUUACUAUUUUGGGCCUAAAUCCCUCUUUUCUAGGAGCUCCAUAUUGUUGCUGUAUCUGAGUUUAUAACAGAGCUCCACAGCAAUAAUAUUCCCAGUAAUGUGUCUGUGUAUAACAGAGCUCCACAGUAAUAAUGCUCCCAGUAAUGUGUCUUUAACUACAAUAACGUAGUUUCGAAAUCACUUUGUGUAAAUAAGAUACAUUGUUCUUGCUCCAAGUUACAUUUUAGUUGCCUAAAUUGAUAUUAAAGGACCACUAUAGGCACCCAGACCACUUCAACUUAAUGAAGUGGUCUGGGUGCCUGGUCCAGCUAGGGUUAACCCUUUUUUUUUUUUUUUAUAAACAUAGCAGUUUCUCAUUGACAGCCGCUAGAGGCGCUCGCGUGCUUCUCACUGUGAAAAUCACAGUGAGAAGACGCCAGCGUCCAUAGAAAAGCAUUGUAAAUGCUUUACUAUGAACUGGCUGAAUGCGCGCGCGGCUCCUGCCACGGAUGCGCAUUCAGCCGAUGACGUCGCUAUGAAGGAGGAGAGGAGGAGGAGAGCUCCCUGCCCGGCGCUGGAGAAAGGUAAGAUUUUAACCCCUGCCUCUCCCCAGAGCCCGGCGGGAGGGGGACCCUGAGGGUGGGAGCAACCUCAGGGCACUAUAGUGCCAGGAAAACGAGUAUGUUUUCCUGGCACUAUAGUGGUCCUUUAAUAAGUCACCUAAAAGUAUUCAAAACAGCCCUGCCCAUGGCCACACCUCUAAAAGGAAAGGGUCCCUCUUUGUCCAUUUGAAAUGUUGGGCGAUAUGAUGCAAGGUACACUUUUUAAACUGAGUUUGUUAGUUAAUAGUUAAUAGUUAAUGUUUAAAUACAUUUAUAAGUGUAUAGAGGGAGAGGAUGCAGUUCUACAUUAAGACACAAUUAAAAAUCUAAAUACAAAAAAAUUCAAAUCCCUUUAUUCUACCUAGUAUAUGGGUCUGUUUCUGUGAUAAAUGAGGGACAUUGUGAUACAAACUGUACCCACUGCAUAAAAGCAAGUAAUUCAAUUUGAGUAAACCUGCGGCAGAUUGUUAGAAAUGUGGGCACCCCUGGUAUGGGGAACUAUCUGUAGGUGGGCAGAGAAUGAGGAGAGCUGGCAAAGCAGCUAAUUUGAAUAUUUCACUGUUACAAAGUUUCUGUAAAAACAGAACAUUGUUUAUUUAGAAGUUGUCAGCAUUUUGCAUUGCCCGAGGCAAUCCCUGGAAUAUAUUACACAGACUGCGACUCUGCGAGCGGCCUUCACUGUUAUGGUGUGCGUGUGUGUGUGUGUAUGUAUGUGUGUAUAUAUAUAUAUAUAUAUUUAUAUUAUUCUUAAUAUUUUUCAUCUCUUCUCCAUCAGUGUUUAAUAAAUCACUUCGUAUUGUGACAGUUCUGACAUGGAAUGGUUAGUGGAUAAAAUAAAAAAUAUUCUGUAAUUCUAUUCUGUCAAAUCUUCCUUUUUUAAGCAUGUAAUAAAGAGUUUUUGUAAUAAAGUACAAGUUAAGUGAAAACUAACAAACGUCAAACCGUUGGUUGUUAAGAUGAGAUCUGGUGGAUUUCGUGGAAGGGUGGCUGGGCCGUGGUUGGAAUGUGAAGCUUUCUGGGGGAUUUCCACAAGGAAUGUGCCAGCUGAAUGCUAUUUUACCAGACGGACAUUGCGGGGUGUGGUGAGAUAGGAGUGUACGGACCUGUGCUGACAUGCCUGCUCUCCUUUCAUUUGCUGACAAAGGGUUUAGGCUGCAAUUUGUCCUGCCAUCUUUUUCAGCAAUAUUUUAACAAUAGCUGAUGAUUCAGUUGUUUUUGGAAGCCUGCUGGGGCUUUCUUCACAUCCCGAGGCCUAGAACAUGUUGAAUGUAUGCACAGUCUAUUGAUGCCAGGCUACUUUGUUGUAAUGGCUUGGGUUUUGGUGCUGGUUAAUUGCACUCGCUCCAGUGUGAGCUGCUGUGUUCCCUGAGUAUUCGACUGGUGUGUAAUUGUUUGUAAAACUGCCAGCUGCCUGAUAUGCACUGCUUAGAGGAGAGACACUGCCAGCUGCCUCAUAUGCACUGCUUAGAGGAGAGACACUGCCAGCUGCCUCAUAUGCACUGCUUAGAGGAGGCACACUGCCAGCUGCCUGAUAUGCACUGCUUAGAGGAGGCACACUGCCAGCUGCCUGAUAUGCACUGCUUAGAGGAGGCACACUGCCAGCUACCCAAUAUGCACUGCUUAGAGGAGGCACACUGCCAGCUGCCUCAUAUGCACUGCUUAGAGGAGGCACACUGCCAGCUGCCUCAUAUGCACUGCUUAGAGGAGAGACACUGCUUAGAGGAGAGACACUGCCAGCUGCCUAAUAUGCACUGCUUAGAGGAGAGACACUGCCAGCUGCCUAAUAUGCACUGCUUAGAGGAGAGACACUGCCAGCUGCCUGAUAUGCACUGCUUAGAGGAGGCAUGCUGCCUGAUAUACACUGCUUAGAGGAGGCACACUGGCUGCCUGAUAUGCACUGCUUAGAGGAGAGACACUGCCAGCUGCCUGAUAUGCACUGCUUAGAGGAUGGUACACUGCCAGCUGCCUGAUAUGCACUGCUUAGAGGAGAGACACUGCCAGCUGCCUGAUAUGCACUGCUUAGAGGAGGCAUGCUGCCUGAUAUACACUGCUUAGAGGAGGCACACUGGCAGCUGCCUGAUAUGCACUGCUUAGAGGAGAGACACUGCCAGCUGCCUGAUAUGCACUGCUUAGAGGAGAGACACUGCCAGCUGCCUGAUAUGCACUGCUUAGAGGAGAGACACUGCCAGCUGCCUGAUAUGCACUGCUUAGAGGAGGCAUGCUGCCUUAUAUACACUGCUUAGAGGAGGCACACUGGCAGCUGCCUGAUAUGCACUGCUUAGAGGAGAGACACUGGCAGCUGCCUGAUAUGCACUGCUUAGAGGAGAGACACUGCCAGCUGCCUGAUAUGCACUGCUUAGAGGAGAGACACUGGCAGCUGCCUGAUAUGCACUGCUUAGAGGAGAGACACUGGCAGCUGCCUGAUAUGCACUGCUUAGAGGAGAGACACUGGCAGCUGCCUGAUAUGCACUGCUUAGAGGAGGCCCACUGCCAGCUGCCUGAUAUUCACUGCUUAGAGGAGAGACACUGGCAGCUGCCUGAUAUGCACUGCUUAGGGGAUGGUACACUGCCAGCUGCCUGAUAUUCACUGUUUUGAAUUGGGAGGUCUGCGUGUAUUUAUUCUCUGUGUACUCUCCUCUGCUCCAAACACACAGUGUAUAUUAUUAACCAGAGAUCAUAGAUAAUAUUUUUGUAAAUAAUUAAAACCGAAGUUACUCAGGAUGCUUAACAUCCGAUUUUAUGUAUACAUUUAAUCAUGCAAAUUAUUUUUGUCAGGCGCAUCUGUUUUUUUUUUUUUUUUCAUAUAUAUAUAUUUAUUUUUUUUACCAUUCCCUUUGUUAGCUAUUCCUUACAUGGCCUUGCUUUAUUAAUCACAUUUGCCUGUAAGAUGAGACUCUGUGUCUUGGUGACCGUUCCGUGCCUAUUUGCAUCUCUGCUAGCCAUGUCAAUGUUUCAUGCCAGGGGACGCCGGCAAUUGUUGCUGAAGUGUUUGAUCUGCAUACUAAUUACGCCUGAAGUCUUCCAUGCUCCUGACUGAGCUUGGAAUAUAGUGCGCUCUGCUAUUCCAUCACACAAGACUGCUCAUCGGCUGUACACUGCCCAGCCGUGCAUAUUACUAUAAACCGUCAUCUCUUCUCCUGGGCCGUAUGUAUUCUCUACUCAUGCAUAUGCAAUUGAGUUGCAAACCAAGAAAAACGUCUCUUCAUCUCUUCACAGUGGUAUGCUUGACAGUUGCUUAAUGCAAUCCGUAAUCUGAUGGAUUGGCUGCGGCUCUUCGAAAGUCAACAGUAUGCGAUAGGGAAGAGAACCGUUAAUGAUUUACCUGGAAAUAAAAUGAUCGUUUUAUUAUUUUACUGCUGGAAGUUGCAGCUUGAUAAAUUAACCUGGAUGUUAAAAGCCAGCUCCAGAAUUUUAGGAAAAGUACUUGUGGUGUUUGUAUUCUAUGACAAUUCUACACCGUUAUGAGAUGUAGCGCCUACAUGGCACUCGCGUAACAAAACACCCCUCAAGCUGACUGUGUGACAGCUCUGUGACAUGCAAAUCCCAUUUUUAUUUUUAGAUUGUAAGCUCCUGAGCCAUGUUGCUCCAGAGUUGGCUUUUUUGUUUUGGUGUUUAUAGCUUUCCGCACAUGUCCCACACCCCAGUGUUAUGUUUGCAGCCACAAAAACUGGCAGCACACAUCCAAUCCAAAGAAAUAAAAUGAUCCGUGUCAAAGCCCCUCCUUAUGUUUGUUUGUCGUAGUACUUAGUCAUAGGUAUGUUUACCUUGGUACUACUGAAAGUGACUUAGAAACCAAAAAUGGGCCUUACCACCGGCAGUUGCUAAUGGAAAGAAGGCUAUUCGAUUUUACAGUGAUCACUUCUUAGGUGCAAAUUUUAAAAAGAUUGAUUGUCUUAUGAUGACAACCGAAUGUAAAGUUUGCAUAGAACCGAGAAAGGAGAUUAAAAAAGCAAUAUAUACAUGUAAUAAACCAUGUAAAAAUUAUAAAUCACACCUUUUGACUUAUUACAAGGUAAAAAAGGACUUUCAGUGAUCUGUAACAAAGAAAACAAACAUUCUUGUAAUGUAAUAGUUACAGCACAAAUUGAAACAUAGUGACUACAAAAAAAAAGGUAAAUCCGUUUGGCCGUAACCGUGUAACAGUAAAUGUUUUUGAUGUUUAUGUAGAAUUGCUUUGAGAUUAUAACCGUGUUAGUCUGUAGUGCUUCAAUGUAAUUUUGAUCUUGCCGAAGUAAAGCACAUUUAUAGCUGUUAAAGUGCUACUAAACCUGUAUUCUUCUGUAUUCAAUACAAGGAAUCCGUACUCUGUGUUCUUUUACAAUUACACCAGAAAACAAGUGAUAUUUACAUGAGGAAUUUUGAGAUUAGCUAUGUGUUUCUGCAUCUGUGAAUAAAUAUAGUGUGCACUUUAACCCCUUAAGGACACAUGACAUGUGUGACAUGUCAUGAUUCCCUUUUAUUCCCGAAGUUUGGUCCUUAAGGGGUUAAUAAACUUUUACCAUAUGUGUGCAUAAUUUUAUCUAUAUGCUGCUCUAAAUGUAUCACUAAUCACUUGGGAGUUGAUCGCUGGAGAUGCCUAAAAAGCCACCCUGUACCAUAUACUUAUGUUAUACAAAUCAUGGGAAGACUGGCUUGUUUUAUGAUCCAGUUCGUGGUUUCAGUGAUGGUGAGAGGUGAUGGAUCACAUCAUGGUUUAUGCCAAGGUUAUUAUCUUUGUGAUAUUAUUUUCAUUAUAAGAUAAUUAUCUGGUUUGUUUAUCUUGCUUUAUCUAAACAGCACAUUGAAAACAAAAAGGUUAUAAAUACAAUCUGCAGUUAGCCUCGAACAAUAAGGGAAAAAAAAACCAAAUACAUUAUACUAAAAGAAAAUACUUUUUCGACCGCAUAUUUGGAAUUCUGGGUACCGUUCUUUACGUACCUGUGUGUUCUAUAAUUUGUUAUUCUCACUAGUACAAAUUUCCUUCUCGUUCUUCCGGUUUUCCUGAGCGUUGUAAUUUUGUUAAGCUCCCCAAUUCCCCCUGUCAUUUUGGCUUGGUAGGUACAUAUGUCAUAGGAUUCACCUCGGCUCUAACUCAUACAUACAAAUACAAUUAAAGAGUGAUGUAAUGAAGUUCAAACACUCGCCUGCUGAACAUAAAGUAACUUCACUAACUAUCUGCUCUUGGUUGGAAGAAUGACUUUAUAGCCUCAGUGCUGAAUAGACUACAAAUGAGGUGCUUUAAAUUUAUGACUAUGAACAAUGAAGAAAUUAGGUUCUUGAGCCAUCAUUAAAAGCUUUUGCGUAGUGAUUGUUCGGAGCCUAACUCCGUGUUCCUGUGUAACAUAGCAUAGUGAAUCAUGCAAGCUAUUCAUGUGCGAGAAUAACAGGUGUCUUCACCAAUGUUCCCUCCACCAUGGCUUACAAUACACCAGGACUUCCCUGUUUCACUUCUGUCUGUCUUACGAUUGUAUGAAUUUGCAGCUCUAACUGUGCUUUCCUCAAAUACGCCUUCCAUGGCCAUGUAAGUACCCACAUCGUCAUGUAACCCCCUUCCAUAUGCUCCGUCAACUAAAUUUGGCAAUAAGCAUUACAUUAUUGCUCUGUUUGACAAUGUUCAUUUUAAGAUUGGCUGAGAGGUUCAGCGUAUUCGUUGCGUGUGAAGAACUUGCUGUAUGUGGAGCGUCAAAGCUCAAUAGGUUUUUGUUUAAUAUUUUUUUAUUUGUAGUUUAGGACUUUGUCUAUUUAGAGGGACACUAUAGUCAACAAAACAACUUUUGCUUAAUGAAGCAGUUUUGAUGUAUAGAUCAUCCCUCUGAAGUUUCACUGCUCAAUUCACUGUCAUUUAGGAGUUAAAUCUGGCUGUUACUCACAAAGCGUGCAUGAAAACAAAAUGGUUUCAUAUUCAAUCUUCUUUAAAAGUUUUUAUCUCCUGCUCUGUAAAUUGAACUUUAAUUACAUACAGGAGACUCCUGCAGGGUCUAGCAAGCUAUUAAUAGAGCAGGAGAUAACCAAUUCUAAAUUAAACAGAAUUUGCAAUAAAGGAAGUGUAAACAUUAGAGGACUCCAUACAUGAAGUGUUUAAGAAGGCUGUGUAAGUCACAUGCACGGAGAGCUGUAUAAACAAAGUAAUUUAAUUCCAAAAUGGCAGAAAAUUGAGCAGUGAGACUGUAGGGGCAUGAUCUAUACACCAAAACUGCCUUAUUAAGCUAAAGUGGGUUUGGUGACUAUAGUGUCCCUAAUGUAAACAUAGCCGUUUAUCUGAAACCCUAGAUGGACCUGGCACCCAGACCACUUCAUUGAGCUGAAGUGGUCUGGGUGCCUAUAGUGGUCCUUUAAGGUAGAGGAAGAGGGGCUUGGGUGAACUUUCCUGUAGUAUAUUAAAUGGAGGGGGGGCAGAGAGGUGGUGCAGUAUAUUAGAGAAGUGGGAGGGGGGUCAGUAUUAAAUUGGGAGGGAGGAGAGGCAGUGUAUUGAAUUGUGGGAGGGAGCAGUGUAUUAGGGUGGUGGGAGAAGGGGGGCAGUGUAUUAGAGUGGUGGAAGGGGGGGAAUGUAUUAUAUUGGGGGAAGGAGGGGAGGCAGUGUAUUAAAUUAGAGUGGGGGAGCUGUGGGAGUCUGUGUAUUAGAUCGGGGGGUAUAGUGAGUAACUUGAACUAUAGCUUUUUAGUAAAUUAUAUAUAUUUACCCAAGAUUACAUAUUGUUUGCAUGAGAGUGAUGCAAGUAAUUUUAUUUUUUGUUGGUCUACAUUGAACUUUAAAAAAAAAAUAAAAAAUUUUGCAGCCCACAUAAACAUUGUUUAUUUGGCCCAUGUUGGCCUUUGCGUUUGACAUGCUUGUUGUACACAAUCAUUUUACUGCUCCAUCCUAUUGUACACAGAUACACCAUUUGUUUCCCGUGAACCAGCCAUGCACUUUGCUUGUUAAAAUGGGAGAUCAUUUGAUGUAAAUCAUGGCUGUUCUUGGGAAAGGGACCUGGGCUCAAAGAUGAACCCAGUGAUUAGUCCAAGGAUUGGCAGGGUGCUCAUUCUCAUUCGUGUAGGCAUAUCUUUUGGUGCAAUGGUCUGAUCUAAUGGGUCCUGAUGCACAUGCGCAGGAAGUUUCACAUCCAAUCAAAUGUUUCUCUUAGGGAAGCAUUGAAUUCCGUACGUUUCUGUAGACCUCUGUGUCACAUGACAGCAGAUUUAACCCUUCAGAAGUGGAUGUAAACAUUGCUGUUUAAACAAAAACACACAAAAAACAAAUAUUUUACAUUGCAGGGUUAAAAGGACAGGGCCACUGCACCCAGACCACGUCAUUGAGGUAAAGUGAUCUGUAUGACGAAAGUGUCCCUUUAAUAAUAAAAUGGCUAAUUUUAUCCAAGACUGGCUUGUAUAAAUGAAUUGGUUUUUUUUCAUUGUCUGUAGUGUGAGUCUGCCCUAGAAGUGCCAAGACUGUUUCUUAUGAUAUAAUCGUCAGGUGGGGAGCAGAAUGUCACCACAAAAGUAUUGAAUUCUGAUGUUACAUUAAUGAAAGAGAGGUGAACAUGUAGCGUCUGUGCUUGCCUACCUUUUACUGUUGUGAGUCUGCAUAUCAUACAGAGCUUUCACACAUUAUUUACUUCUUCUAUUACUACUGACGGCACGCAAUGGCUUUUUGUUUGAUAUUCUAGAGACCACGAAUACAUUUAUCAUCAUGAUUAAUUUAUAAGUAUUUUAUUAUGUGCCCGCAGAGGGUAUAAUAGCAUUUUAGUUAAAGUACAGUAUGCAUUAUUUAAAAUCUGUGAUUUUAUUAAUGCCAUCGUAGAAUCUCUUGGUAUUUCCCUGUUUGUAAUUGUUUGCUUUGUGUGCCUUCUUGAAACUGUGUUGGUUGUUCAUGGUAUAAUGUUGGUUUUAAUGUCAUUAUUACCAUACUUAUUGUAGUGGUUAUGGUGCAAGGAGCCUGGGUACAGGUCCUCUAGAUAUUUUCUUCUGUUUUUGUCUUUCCCAGCACUCAAUGCUAGACUUCUCUGUUGUCCCUAAUAUAAUGCACAAUAUUUAUUUUCAACUUAUACGUACAAACCCACCCAACUUUUGGUUGACAAUGACAGGCAGCGAGUUCUGGGCUAAGCUUCUCCCAGCACAUGCACAUUUGGAUGGAUUAGUGCAGAAGUAAAAUAUUCACGUGCACGUAGGACAACAGGGAACGAAAUAAGGACACCAGCACAAGAUCCAUAAAUUGGGACUGUCCCACAGAAAUCGGGCCUGUUUGGGGGCCUGCCGUAUCUUUGUCAAUCUGUUGUAGUGGUCAUUAUGCUGAGGCUCUUUUUUUAGUGUCCAGAGGUGACAACAGACUUAAUCUCAUAUUCAUUGUUUACUUUACUUGUACCAACUGUUCAAGGUUUAAUGGUGGUGAUUAUUAAAGUGAUUUACUCUUUUUAAUUCUGGUGUCUAAUUGGUAUCCAGGUCAUUACUGAGUGCCUGACUUUUGCUUGACAAACAUAAUGUCCCAUUUUUAUGAUUUUCAGGAAAACACAAUGUGUUCUUCUGUGAUUAGUUACGGUGUUUGAAAUUACCUUGGAAUUCCCCUCAGCAUAUCCGUGAGUUGUUGACAUGGGCCAAUAUGUACUGAGACUUUCAAUGAGCUAAGGAUUGAGGUCGAUGGGUUAAAAUUGAACAAUUCACUCAUGUUUAAAUCACUAUACGCUGUAUUGUUGCAGAAUUCUGGGAUUUUGAGGCAUGAUUCGGCUUAAUCUAGAAUGACGCAGUCUCUGCAGACAUCUUGUUUGUUUUUGAGAGGAACAUCUGCAGUGGACGAGUUAAAAAGCAGUGUUUUGGUUCUACAUGAGCACAUACAAAGAUUUAUCCAUGUCUUGUUUAUAGAGAAAACCAUAAAAGUUGCUCACUUCCUGUCGGUUUCCAGUCACAGGAGGUCGCUUACCAUUCUCCAAGCAGGCUUUUUUCAUUUCCUUAAUGAGAAUUUAUUUCAUAAUGUAAAAAUAGACAUAAUUACCUGUGAAAACUUGAAGGGUGAUAAACCAAAGUGAGAAUUCAGAGUGAAUUUCAAAUGUAAUCAGUCCAGAUUAGCUGAACUGAAAGCAUUCCUUAAUUAAAAACAAACCAUCAGUUCUAAUAUAUUUAUUUGAAAUUCACUUGGAAUUUACCUUGAAUUCUAAUUUUUGUGAAUAACCCUCUUGAUGUAACAUUAUCUUCUCUCACUGUUGCUUGCUAUUGUGAAACACCGAAGAUUUCUCUGAAUAUACUUCACAUAUGUUCUUUUCUUGAUUAAAUACUUAUUUUUAUCAUUCCUUCCUCAUGUAAAAAGAUUUCUUCUGGUAAGAGAUUUAAGGUACAUACAUGCCUACUGCCUCGAAUUUGACAGGACUGUACCAAAAAUGUCUCUCCCGUCCUUUCUAUGAUAUCCCACAUUUAUCACUCGCUCAGGUAUGAGAACUGCAACAUACCGUGUUUCUCCGAAAAUAAGACCGGGUCUUAUAUUAAUUUUAGUCACAAAAAACACACUAGGGCUUAUUUUCAGGGUAGGGCUUAGAGCCAGUCUGUCAGCCUGUGUCUGCGCUGUGUAACCCCCACAGAGACCCUCACCUCCCCCUCCCUGUAAUAUUCUCCCCUCCCUCCCUCCCUGUAAUACUCUCCCCCCUCCCUCCCUCCCUGUAAUACUCUCCCCCCUCCCCCUCCCUGUAAUACUCUCCCCCUCCCUCCCUGUAAUAUUAUCUCCCCAGUAAUACUUCCCUCCAGUAAUACUCUCCCCCCCUCCCUCCUGUAAUAUUAUCCUCCCUCCCUCCCUGUAAUAUUAUCCCCCUCCCCUGUAAUACUCUCCUCCCUCCCAGUAAUACUCUCCCCUCCCUCCCUGUAAUACUCUCCCACUCCCUCCCAGUAAUAUUAUCCCCCUCCCUCCCUCCCUGUAAUACUCCCCCUCCCCCCUCUCCAAUCUUCUCCUCACCUCCCCUGUAGUGUGGCCGAGCUCCUCUCCGGUCCGCGACCCGGUCGGACUGACAGGAAGUGCACUCCCAGUGUGCACUUCCUGUCAGUCCGGGCGGGCCGCGGACCGGAGAGGAGCUCGGCCACGCUACAGGGAAGAGGAGGUGAGGCACUGUGGCAGCCGUCUGAGUGCUCUCUAUAGAGCGCUCAGGCGGCUGAGGCAUUUUAAGGGCUCGGCAGGUACCGGCCCUGCCUAGGUCUUAUUUUCGGGGUAGGGCUUAUAUUGCAGCCCCCCCCGAUAAUCCAGCUAGGGCUUAUUUUCGGGGAAACACGGUAUAUGAUACUAAAAGAACAGCCAUAUAAAUAGAAUUCUGUGGGGAAAAAAACAUUAGGAAUGAUGGGUGAUGCACAAAUUUGAUAUAAUAAGUGUGCUGGUGUAUAAUACAUAAUGUUAACUUUUAGUUUAUUUCAGGUGACCAUGAAGCCGUUUUAGUUAUUUAGUCGCUGUUUUUAAAUGCCUGUGUUGUUUCCUUGUUAGUUUAUGACUGGCACCUAUUAUUUGCAAGCUGCUGAACGCUGGAAGAGAUGAUUACGGUGGCUGCCAGUACUUUUCAAAUCAAAAGCCGCUUUCUCGAGAGAAUGGUGGGAGGUAUAGUACAGAAAGGUGUGAAAUUGCUCUUCCUUUCGGAAGUGAAAAAUUACUGUUUGUGCGAGUGGUAUCAGGACAUGGCACUCAAAGGCUUGCCUUCCAUUACUGCUGUCUAACUAUAAAAGACACGUCGACACGUGCAGAUCGAGAGUAUAUAUUUCUGAUAAUUACAGCACAACUUGCAAAACUAGACAUUUGGUACCUGUGCUCUAAUUUGUAGCGGAUUACUGCUCUGCAUUGAGCUCUCUGGAGUAUAGACUGCCUCGUGUUGUAAUAUUAAUACUUUUUUUUUGUGUGUGUAUUUUAUUAUUUUUAAAGUCAUAAAGAAAUUAGAUCUCCGAUAGAUAGAAGGCAACAAUGUUAGGAAAAUAUACAGGCUCUCUGAAGCUUAUGUACUAAAGGGAGAAUGCAAAGCAAAUUUUAUAUCUAAGGCCCCAGUAGCUGAGAUUAAAGGCAUAGUUUCAAUUUGGAAUUCACUUAGAAUUUUAAUUUUAGUAAAAACCCUGUUUGUCUCUCUCUCUGUGACUCUCUCGUUGCACGUGUAGAUAAUCCAGCACAAAGCCAAGCAAUCUCCAUAAAUAAACAUUGGCAAUAGAAUGGCCAGCACUUCCCAGACAGUUGGCUCAAAUUGGGGCAUUGCCAUAAGAUGUCACCUUGCCAACAAGUCAAUUAUCAAAUGUAUGUUUUACGUAAGAUGCCCAGUCAACGUUGUGUGCAGGGAUUGUGAACCGGAAACGUCACAAUAGCUGGUAGGUCAUUUUAGCUCACAAAUGAGCCACACCGUAUACUUUGCAACUGUCAGAAAAGAACAAAAAACAAGCUGAAUAUUUUUCUUAUUACCAUGAAAGAUGGGUGAUUAACCAUGUGGGUGAAGGUUGCCCUCAGUACUUUAAUAUUGCUGCUUACACGUGUAAUAACCACUGGGACAAAUGUGUUGUUUAAAUGUAACUUUAAAGGUAAUUCUAAAAGCCUAGCAAUAAUUCCUUUUAGCACAUAUUCAAAGCCAGGUAAGAGUCGUGGCACUGACACCUAAACAAGCAAAAAGCUCAGUGUGUGGUAUGAUCAGAUUGAUUUUCUCUGCAGUUUGUGAUGCUAGUACACCUUUCUAGCAAGCCAGCGAUAGACCAUGACUAUGUGAUUAGGAGUGAGCUGUAAUAACGUUAGUCUGCCUGGUGGACUUUUUUUGCUUUGUGACGAUUGACGUCCAACCCGCUGACCUUUAAAUAAAUAACGUUUAAAAACAAUUCCAAGAAAAGUCUGAGAAAAUGUAAUUCUUGUUUGUCCAAGCCAAGUUGUAGUUGUUUAGUUUGCUUUUUGGCAGUGAAGGCAACGGCUACCUUUUGAGUAUAGAGCAAAAUGUAUAGAUGGAAAAAUUGUUCAGCUAUUCAUUAAACUGACUUUCUUGUUCUGACAACAUCUUUCAUGUAUAAAUAGGGGCAUAAAUUCUCGAGAUGAAAAUAUAAUUUUGCCUCUUUAUUAAUCGCUGGUAAGACCACACCUUGAAUAUGCUGUGCAAUUUUGGGCACCUGUUCUAAAGAAGGAUAUAAUGGCACUAGAAAAAGUGCAUAGACAAGCUAUAAAAUUGAUAAAAGGAAUGGACCAUUUCAGUAACAAAGAAAGAUUAAAAAAUGUAAAUCUCUUUAGUUUGGAAAAACGGCACCUGAGAGGGGAUAUGAUAACAUUAUACAAAUAUAUUCGGGGCCAGUACAAACCAUUAUCUGGAAAUCUAUUCUUAAACAGGGCUAUACAUAGGACACAAGGUCACACAUUUAGGCUGGAAGAAAGGAGAUUUAAUCUAAAGCAAAGAAAGGGUUUUUUUUUUACAGUAAGAGUAAUAAGGAUAUGGAAUUCUUUGCCUGAAGAGGUGGUUUUAUCUGUCCAUACAGAUGUUUAAACAGCAAUUGGAUAAAUACUUGCAAAAACAUAACAUACAGGGAUAUCAUUUCUAAUUAGUGGAGUAAUAGCUGCUUGAUCCAAGGAGGGACCUGACUGCUAUUUUGGGGUCAAGAAGGAAUUUUUUCCUAGUUUUGUUGCAAAAUUGGAAGCGCUUCAGACCAGGUUUUUUUGCCUUCUUUUGGAUCAACAGCAAAAACAUAUGUGAGGAAAUUACCUUGAUGGACACAAUUCUCUUUACAGCUAUGUAACUAUGUAACAUUAUAGAGGCAGGUAAGUAUUUAUUUUAAGGUGUAUUAUCCAUCAGUGACGAUUUCACAGCACUUUGUAUAGAUUGUCUAUGUACAUACCUGAAUGUGACACAAGUUCGAUAGAAGUGUGCUUUAAACUGAUACAGUACUUCCACUCAUCACCCCAGUGAAUGAUUCUCGAGUAUUAACUGCGAUGUGAACUGAAAUGUAGCCAGCUCUUAGGUGGCACUUUCUUCUAAAAAUAUCUGCUACAUUUCGCUGGUUUGCAUUUUAGCACUUUAGUUACUUGGUUUGUCUGCCAACGAGGUUGUCAAUACAUGAGCCAUGUCCGAAGAUACUAUUAUUUUAUUUCUUUAACUAAAUAAGGUCUUCCUGUUCGUUGUAAACUUUUUUGCCAUUAUACCAUGCCAUUCUGCAGUAUUAUCGAAAAACAUAAUAGUCAGACAUCUGGGGUGCUUAGCCUUACUGUUCGACUCAUUGUUUUCUAAAUAAUGUCCUGUGAAACUUUGAUACUACUUCCAUCUCAGCAUCAAUGCCUUGUGCUGUUUUUUAUUAUUAUUUUUUAUUUUUUUAUUUGAUAACUCACAAUUUCUGUUUAAAGGGGCACUUGUGUUUGAAAGUCAAGUUGUAGCAAAAAUGAGAAUCCUGCAGGUUAGGAAAGAGGAUGAGCUUAUAGCACAAACCAAAAUACAACUUGGUUUAAAAAUUCCAGAAUAACUAACUGCAAUAUAUUCUGCAUAUUUGCUCUUUCUAGAGCACUAGUUAGACUAGAUACACACGUAUCGCCUGCGCUUGUCCUUUUACUUUAUGGUAUAAUCUCUGCUACAGAACAAUAAUUCUGCAUUAACCAUCUAAAACCCCCUGUAUAAAAUGCAUUUUGUUGAACAUGAUGGAUCUGGACUCGGCGUCUGUGAAUAAUGCCCAAUUCCCAUGAACCCAGGAUAUAAAACCUCUUCUUUAUUUAUUUAUUUUGCUAUUAAGGGCUAGAAACGAGCUUUGUGUGCUCUGGAAGCCUGUUAUUUAGUGGCUGUCUUGCAAUGUAAAACAAACUAUUAGCUAUUGUAAACAGGAAAGCCGGGUCAUUUAUAUCAUCAAACAGCCUCUUAGUUUAUUUUAAGCGUGUGGUCAUGAAGUAAAUUGCAGAAGCUGCCAAGGCUAAUCAUUUGGUGCCGAGGCAAGGGCUAACGUAAACUGUGUGGGCAAGCAAGACAUGUAACCAACAGUGACAGAGUAUGUACCCACUCCCCACUCUACUUUUAAUGUCAUUUAUGUUAUCGACUUUAAGUCGGUCAACAGCAACUAGAUUUGUCUUCAAUGAGCUAAUGAAACACUGAUUAUUAAUUUUAAGUGAUAGUAGUACUAAGUGAUCGAAACUGUCUGCGAAAGAGUGAAUAAAGACCUCCUCCACUUGGCCGCAAUAUUGCGCAGAGCUUUUAAAAUGUCUACUACUCUGCUAGAAAGGCAUAUUAAACGGGUCGCAAUGGCAUCUAUAUAUUUUAUGUGGUCUAUUAGAAAGACAUUUUGUGUUAGUAAUGUCUUGUUUCGGUGACUCAUAUAAAAUAACUCAUUAGGUGACGUUCGAAAAUAUAUGUAAAAUUUAGCACAGUUUCCCAACUGCUCUCGAUCCGAUUUUAGUGCUAUCCGCUCAGACAAUAAAUCCGGAUACAGCAUAUGAUGGACACAUGGAUAAAGGGGUGUGAGUGGGCGUGUGGCAGGGGGCGGGGCUGUUCUGAGAAAUUUUAGGUGACUUUCUAAUAAUUUAUGGAACUAACAUGUAAUUUAGAACAAGACUAAUGUAUCUUCUUUACACAGACUGAUUUUUAAACACAUAUAUUGUAGUUAAAGGGACACUAUAGUCACCUGAACAACUUUAGCUUAAUGAAGCAGUUUUGAUGUAUAAAACAUGCCCCUGCAGCCUCACUGCUCAAUCCUCUUUUAGCCAUUUAGGAGUUAAAUCCCUUUGUUUAUGAACCCUAGUCACACCUCCCUGCAUGUGACUUGCACAGCCUUCCAUAAACACUUCCUGUAAAGAGAGCCCUAUUUAGGCUUUCUUUAUUGCAAGUUCUGUUUAAUUAAGAUUUUCUUAUCCCCUGCUAUGUUAAUAGCUUGCUAAACCCUGCAAGAGUCUCCUAUAUGUGAUUAAAGUUCAAUUUAGAGAUUGAGAUACAAUUAUUUAAGGUAAAUUACAUCUGUUUGAAAGUGAUAUCAGUUUUUCAUUUUCAUGCAGGCUCUGUCAAUCAUAGCCAGGGGAGGUGUGGCUAGGGCUGCAUAAACAGAAACAAAGUGAUUUAACUCCUAAAUGACAGUGAAUUGAGCAGUGAAAUUGCAGGGGAAUGAGCUAUACACUAAAACUGCUUUAUUUAGCUAAAGUAAUUUAGGUGACUAUAGUGUUCCUUUAAAGACACAUUACUGGGAGUAUUAUUGCUGUGAAGCUCUGUUACACACUCCGACAUACAGACAAUAUCAAGCUCCUAGAAAAUAGCGAUUUGUGCCCAAAAUAAGGACUGUCCCUCAUUAAUAGGGACCCGUGGUAGGUAUAGUGUUGAGUCUUGUGUUUACCACGGCUUGAGAAAUCUGAUUUGAAGCUAGUAGCCAUUUUUAGCUACAGAUUAUACAUUCUAUAUUUGAAGUUUGCCAGCAGGUUAUACAAAUCAAACCAACUACAAGUAAUGCAUCCCUAGAAUCUUCGCUGAUAUCACAAUUCAUUUUUUUUUCAGGACCUCUUCAGUAUUAUUUUUUAGGAAUAUUUAAUCAUUUGCACAUCCAGCAGAUCAUGACAUAAAUAUUUCUCUCACACUCAUAGAGAGCAGUGUAAUUCUCUGCCGUUGGCACACAUUUCCUUCUCCUUAUUUCUACCAUCACUUAUACGCACGCUACCUUGGCAAUGGCUUACUGAAUAUACUUCAGGGCUGACCUUCUUUGAAAUGGAUCAAGGAUACGUCAGGUACCUAAAUGCUUUUGGCGUGUGCAACAUUUACAUAAACCCACACCUUCUUGCAACAGUAAAGGUUUUUAACAUGUUUACAUAGACGUAAUUGGCAUGCUGUUAUAUAUGAAUUUCGUAAUCAAGUAACAUAGAGCACGAAUGUUAUCAUGAAAUAACUCGGUACAUGAUAAUGUGAUGAUUGCCUUGAUAUUAAAUUUAAGAAAAAAAGUUCCUAAAACAACAUAAUGCCAUCGUCUACCUGUAACUGCCUAGUGUCUGGGUUUAAGGCACAUCUUCUUUCUGUGUUUGCUCAUUAGCAAAGAUUGAUGCCCCUCCCCCUUACUCCGAGGAAGCAUUUGAUUGGCAGUUGGCUCCUAGAUACACACCCCUACGGAGCAAAGCUGGAAUACAGAAUAAGGGCCGGCUUUCUCUUUUUUUUUUUUUUAUUAUAUUUAUUAUUAUUAUUACAUUAACUUGUCCAAGGGACUAAAAUGGUAGCCCAAUCUACUUGUCCUGAUACAAAUAGUUGGAGUCCUUGCCUAGAGCUGUACACAUUGACACUGCUAUUUUGUUAAACUAAUUUUCUCAAAUUAUAUCUGAAUGGAAAAAUGGAGGUAAAAAUAGCUGAUAUGAAAAUAUUCUCUAACUUUGCUAUAGUUAGAACAUGGGUAUUUUUGAUUCAAUUUUGCCAUUCAAAUUUAUUUUGCAAAAGUUUUGUGAAUUAACCCGAGUGUAGUCGAUCUUUGUCAUAGUGUGUGUGUUUGCGUAUAUAUGUGCUGACUGUGGAACAGUCUCACCCUUUCCAGCCAAUUAGAAUACAACUAAAACUUGAAACUGUAGCCAUUAUUAAAAAAAAAUGUAAAAUAAUGAAAACCCGAGACUGUAAAUGGCAGCCCCCCUCCCAUCCCUAAUCUGAUAUAAAAUGCAGACUUCCUGGAGCAACAAGAGUGCAAAAUGAGUCUGUUCUAUAACUUUCACAUAAAUAUUUGGACUUCCCUAUUUCCUGCUUUUUCUUUUAUAUACACUGAGAUUAAAUUGAAACAUUAAUGACCGUUAAACCAUAUAAACGAUGUAAUUUAUAUGGAGGGCAUUUGCCUGCAAAUAUUAGAUUUUUUUAAGAAGCUCAGACCUCGGGUUGCCUGUGGAGAUGUCAAAUGUAUUCUAUUUUCUAUUCCUGUUAAAACGUGCGCUUGUCAUCCUACAGUGUUCUGUUUUUGCUAGAAUAUUCUGUUUAGACAGACGACGUUGAGAGUAUGAUUGUGUCUGCUUGAUUUUUUUUUAUUUUGGCCAUAGCUGUUCUGCUUCUGUCAAAAACAAAGAUUUCGUUUAAUUUAUUGAUUUUAAGUACAGCUGAAAUAUAAAGCACUUUGUCACCGGAGCGCCAGCCAUUCCUCUCUGUCAUUUUCCAGCCUAUUUUAUGUCUCUGGAUUUCUCCGGAAAGCAAAGGAAUGUCUAAUGAAACAUUUAUAAUGGCUACUAGUGAUUUCUAAAUAAAUCCCCACUGGAAAUCACUCUGACUUUUCAGGCUAGAUUGUAGGGAGCCAUUGUGACAAUUUUCCGCCGUUUUGUUGAUCUGCAGAAAAAAAAGGCAAUGCUCUAAAUUGCCCCCACUUUGUAAAAUUGAUUCUCAUUGUGUCUGCUUGGUACAGUAACUGCAGCGUUGAAUAGCAAUGUAUCCAGAUCUAUAAACCAGUCGCCCAGAAUGGAUGUGUUUGAAGUGCUGCUGAGUGAUCUGUUUUUAUUUGAUGUGUCAUUUGUACGCAUUCUAUGAAGAGGCAAAUUUAUUCCUUUUGAUAUCGUUCCUCUUUUAAUACCAAUGAUGUCUGCGCCCUGGUGUAAAAAUGUCCUCACGCUGAAUGCAUAAGCUCCCUAAUUAGUUUUGCAUUGUGUGUUCGUUUCAAGCGAUACAAGGUUGCUUAAAUGUCUUAACUGAUUUCUUUUGCGAUGUAAAUGAAAUUAUGCCAUAUUAAUUAGUCUUCCCUAAUCAAAUGAGAAUGCUGUGAAGAACAGAUCCAUGGAUUGACUUUUUUUUUUUCCUCAUCUACUAAAAGAUGCUGUUUUUAGAAAACAUUGGAUCUACCCAGGGUUCCAGAUAGAAAUCACUGUCCCUAAUGGAUUAUAACCCCCAUUAAAAAGGGAGACUAACUGAAUUAUUCCACAUCAACCUGAACUCCUGUUUUAAUUGAAUAAGUCAUUUUUUACUUAUUUUAAAACCUAGAAGUGUUUUUUUUUUUUUUUUUUCGAUUAAGGAGCUCUCUUUAACAGAACACUCAGGCUAGCGGUUAAAAAUAAAAUCGCUAUCAGGACUCCAUUACUUGUUAAAGUGGCAAAUAUCUGAUUUUCAAAGAAAUUUGCAUAAAUGGGAAUAAGUUUAAAGAGACACUGUAGUCACCAAAACAACUUUAGCUUAAUGAGACAGUUUUGGUGUAUAGAUCAUUCCCCUGCAGUCUCACUGCUCAAUUCUUUGCCAUUUAGGAGUUAAAUCACUUUGUUUAUCAACCCUAGUCACACCUCCCUGCAUGUGACUUGCACAGCCUUCAUAAACACUUCCUGUAAAGAGUCAUCUAAUGUUUAUCCUUUCUUUAUUGCAAGUUCUGUUUAAUUUAGAUUUUCUUAUCACCUGCUAUGUUAAUAGCUUGCUAGACCCUGCAAGAGCCUCUUGUAUGUGAUUUUUAAAGUUACAUUUACAGAGCAAGAGAUAAAAAUGUUUAACGUAGAUUACAUCUGUUUGAAAGUGAAAUCAGUUUUUUUUUUUCAUGCAGGCUGUCAAUCAUAGCCAGGGGAGGUGUGGCUAGGGCUGCAUAAACAGAAACAAAGUGAUUUAACUCCUAAAUGACAGUGAAUUGAGCAGUGAAAUUGCAGGAGAAUGAUCUAUACACUAUAAAACUGCUUCAUUAAGCUAAAGUUAUAUAGGUGACUACAGUGUCCCUUUAGCCUAAUUAUUUCCAAUGCCUUAUAAACUGUCAAGACCAGGGUGCUCCUGUCAUAAUUUAUUAGCACAGCAAGAACAAGCUUGCUUAUCUGGAUGGCCAGAUCCAUAUUGUUGUUUUUUGUUUUUUUUUUACACAUAUCACUUCUUCAUGUGUAAAAGAAAAACCCAGCAGUCAGUAGAAUUCACGAGCUGUAGGAGCUAAAUCGGUUAAAUCAUAAAGGAAUUUCUUUGGGAUUUCUCCUCGAUUGCUUUCCAAUAUGUGGCAAAUUAAUUCAUCCCUUUUCAGGUGCUGCUUAUCAGCCAGAAGAGCAUGGAAACAUGGUGGAUCUGAAAACCCUAGAACCGUUGUAAAAGCUUCAAAAUGUAUGCAAAAAAGCUACCUCCGUUCUUUUUAAACCUCUUUCUUUAAAACACAAACUUCAAGGGACAAAGCACUUCCGUUUUCUAAAAUAUUUUAUGUGUCAGGAGCAUCUCAUCCUAACGGCAGUUUAUAAAACCCCAGAUUAUUAUUUAAAAUUGGCAAUUUUUAUGAAGAAUUGCAGAAACACCUCCCUGGCUGUUAGUCAGAAAGCCAUAGCGCUUAUCUUCCUGAGUUAACAAAAGUGUCAGGUGUUCUCUGUUAGACCGCGCUAGCCUUCUACCACAAGUCACAGUUAGCCCGUACACACCGAUAUAAAACUCUAUAGUGGUUCUCCAAAUGAGCCAAACACUGGGUGAUACAUUUCAAAUUUAUAGAAACUGCCAACCAGUUAUCCAGAGACAUUUCUCUCUGGAGAUCCCUUUCCCAUGCGAAUAUGUAAUCCAAUUUGGUUUGGGGCCUAGCAUUAAUAUAGGAAUAACAUAAUGAUAUAGUAUGUUUCCUUCCUGGAUUAUCAAUAUAAUUUCUUUCUAUUUGGGAAUCCUCUAAAUUAGUAUUUUUUUGGUCAAGUAUUGGGACUUCAUAUAUCUCGCUUAAUCUGGUAGCUACAAUCUCAUGUUUAGUGGCUUCUGAAUCUUCUAUAUCGUCAUUAUAUGUUGCACAUUGCAGAGUUAAUAAAGUGUUUUCUCUUUUUUUUUCAUUUUUGAAUUACAAGGUUUACAGAUAAGUUGCACUGUUACCAUUUAUGUGAUUUAUACUUGGUUAUAAAAGACUGGAAGCUAUUUUGAAUAGUGUUCUUAUCACCUACUAUUAAUGUUCAUGCCAUUUGCUACCAUAAUAUUUCCUCUAUUUGUAGGUGUCUGUUAUGCGACGGUCAUUGUCACAGGUGGUAUACAUUGAGUUUAAGGUGACGUUUUAAGUGCAACAUAUGUCGUUGCUUGUGGUGAUCCCCCUAAUCACUCAGUGCAUACCUAAAUCACUUUUGGGAAAUAAUGGGACUUUUAUUUCAAUUUUGGUUUAUCUAAACUCACAGAAAUUACCUGUACCACAAAUGAGUUAUACAAUGUUUAUUUACAUAUAAAUCGCAUUGAAUCAUUUAAAGGACCACUCUAGGCACCCAGACCACUUCAGCUUUAUGAAGUGGUCUGGGUGCCAGGUCCCUCUAGGAUUAACCCUUUUUUUUUAUAAACAUAGCAGUUUCAGAGAAACUGCUAUGUUUAUACUGAGGGUUAAUCCAGCCUCCAGAGCCUCUAGUGGCUGUCUCAUUGACAGUCGCUAGAGGCGCUUGCGUGCUUCUCACUGUGAAAAUCACAGUGAGAAGACGCCAGCGUCCAUAGGAAAGCAUUGUAAAUGCUUUCCUAUGCGACCGGCUGAAUGCGCGCGCGGCUCCUGCCGCGCAUGCGCAUUCAGCCGAUGACGUCGCGAGCAAGGAGGAGAGGAGGAGUACAGCUCCCCGCCCGGCGCUGGAGAAAGGUAAGUGUUAUCCUCUCUCCAGAGCCCGGCGGGAGGGGGUCCCUGAGGGUGGGGGCACCCUCAGGGCACUAUAGUGCCAGGAAAACGAGUAUGUUUUCCUGGCACUAUAGUGGUCCUUUAAGAAUUUUUAUGCCCAGUGUCCAUACCCUUUGUAUCUGUAUAGAUGUAGAAUAAAUUAAAAUAACAAAGUAUCUCAGUAAUUCUGUGAAUGUCGCCUAUGUAGGUAAAUGGGAGAUGAUGCAAGCUGUCAUUAUAUGUUGCACAUUGCAGAGUUAAUAAAGUGUUUUCUCUUUAGCCAGUGAACUAAAACUUCCAUUAUUUUGAGCCAGAGCCUGGAUGAGGGUGAUAGAACACAUUGUUCCACAUUCUCCAUACAGUGAGUUACCAUUACAAACUCACGCUUAACUGUUUGACUGAUAAAGUGUAUUCUGUUAUAAGUUUCUGCAUGCUGAUAGCAGCGCUGUGAAAAUUGGAAGGGUCGUCAAAGGAAUAUCAUUAUUCUUGCAUGAAUUCACUCGAACCUUGCACUUCAAAGCUGAGCCAAGCUCUGUGUGAUGCCAGAACGGACGCUUCGCUUAAACGCUGAUCUUAAGUUGUGCACAAAAAAGGCAGCUAUUUCUUGAUUUUUAUUUUUCAUUACACAAAUGACUUUCCCGGCCGUAAAAAUUUGUUAUUUCUCGGUUUCAUUUUCUUUCCAUCGAUUGGACAGGUGAUUUUUAAUUAACACAAUAUUUGAGAUCAAUGUAGUUCUGAAACGAGAGCGCCACAAAUUGUGACAUUUGUAUCCCAGUAAUCCUUGGUUUGAUCCAAACUGAAAAAUAUUCACAUAGAAUUUCUAAUGUUAAGCCCUUUCAAUCUCUAAAAAUAAAAUUGAAGGAAUAUAAUUUGCUGAUCCUGGGGACUUUAUGCAAAAAGUUAUAUCAAAGUUGUAUUCAGACACAAUCCUGUGAAUCUAUACUUGUUGUAUAGAAUUUGACAUGGUCAAUAAGAUAUUAUGCCCAAGAAGGUUAGUGCUGCACUCAACCUUUUGAAUAUAUUGAUGUGGCCUUUGAAUUUGUAUUGCAGGAGAUGUGACUGUGUCUAAUUGCAGGAGGGAGGGAUAGACCGUUCAGAUGCUUUAACCCCACAUCAGGACCUGGGAAUUUCAAGAGGAGACAACACCAGGGUUGAGAUCUCUUUGGGCCAUCUUGUAUGGACUGAGACACACUCCACCCAUGUGUGUCUGGUCUGUAUUGGAGUAUGUGAGAAGAUGUAGGUAGUAUAUCUGUGUAUACGAGGGUAUGGAUUUGCUACUCCUGCUAAAUCACCAGAAUCUUAAAACGGCUGAUCCCAGAUUGUCUAGCAGCAGGUGUAGGCAACCUUCAGUACUCCAAAUGUUUUAGACAACAUUUCCCUUGAUGCUUUGAAGCAUUAUAGCAGUUGUAAUCCUCAACAUCUGGAAUGUCAAAGGUUGCCAACCCCUGGAAGAUGUUAACUAACGGGAUCACUGUGCUUUUAGGAUUGUUGUUUUGAUUUUGGUCUUAUCAGAUUGUUGUUGUGAAACUUGGGCUUCCUACAUCUUUGCUGUAAAAAAUAAUAGGAGGGUAUCUACUAUUGUCACAGUUUUCUCACCUGUGACCAUACACUGGACUUCCAGCAUCCCUGCAGAAAUAGGGGAAAACACGUGGGAAGGGUAACAUCACCAUAAGGUGGCAGCUUACUUGAUGGAGCCAAUCAAAAUGAUCCAGGAAUAUCUUCUUGCUCUUUGCAAUUCCCACCUCCUCCCCCCCCCUCCCCACCCCCAAAGACUCUGGACUCUCCCACUCAUUGCCUAAAUGUGGGCAGUCCUCUAUUUGGGAGAGUGCUAUUUUGCUUUAACCAUCUCGUGUGGCAAUUCUCUUCACAUCUUGAUUUGGGCUGCCUCCUUUACUGCCUUUUAUUCCCAUUUCAUAUUUUAGGAUAGCUCAGGUUCUUGCACUGUAGAAAUGGGUCCUUGACCUAGCAGUAUCUCCAAACAAGCUGAAGCUUUAGUGAGUUUUCACUGUGGACUUUUCUUGUUUGAUAGUUGGAGAUUGGAGUCUAAGCAACCUUUGGAAAUGUUAGUCCACAGCUAAAACCACGCGUUACGUCUUUGAUACAUUUUCUGUGUCCGUCUUUUCAAUAGCCCAAAGGUGUUUAUUUUUUUUUGUGUGUUUAGCAAAAAGUAGGACAUAAAUUCUCCUAUCAGCUGACUGUAAUGUCUCCAGCCUGCCUAACUCAAUUAAUGUGCUUUUAACUUUUUUUUCCGAGUUUCCUAAUGAGUGCCUGAUAAUGAUGUUCUGAGCUAGUGAACACAAUGUAGAGCCAAGAGAACAUUAUGUUUGCCUAUGUCUUUCCAUUUUCCAUUUUUCAGCAGUUUUCUGUGUGCCAGAUUUCCCCUAAUGUCUGAAUACACAAAUUAUCUAUGUCUUGUCACAUUCAUUGGAAGGGUGGGUAACCGAACAUUGAGCGAGUGAGUGCUCCAGACAAAGUAUUCUCUCUCCCUGAGAAUAGCCCUGUGAACUAUAUAGUCUUAAUCUUAGUAAAUCUUAGUAAAUCUUAGAUACGAGGAUUUGGAGAGAAGCAUCAUUUUAAAUAAUUGUAAUAGUUGUGUGUUUUAUACGAUUUUUUUUUUCAUUUUUUUUAAUAAGUAACAGUGCAAAAUCACUUUAAUCACCUAUACUAUUCAUAUAUAAAAGUAUUACAAAUUACAGUGUUUUUAACUCCCUACAUAUUUUCUAUAUGUAUAUGAAUCUGAUAAGUUUAAAGUACUCCACUGAUUAAAGUGAUUUAAAAUGUUUCAGUUGUGUGUAAGAAGGAUAAAUAAAUAGAAUGAGAUGCUGCUGAGAACUUAAAGCGGGACUGUCACGAUGAACUUACCUUUUCCAAAUCGCUUCCUUUUCUUUUCCUCUCUUAGAAUCUGUUCUUCAUUUCUUUAAAACGUAAGACAAAGUAAGGACUAUUUUGGCUUCUGUAUUUUUCAUACGCUUUCUUUGACCAAAGGAGAAGCUUAAGUCAGCUCAGUUUCCUGUGUCAAACCAAAGUUUUCCCAUAAUCCUCCCCUUACUCUGUUUUCUCACGCUACCUUUCCGAACGUUCUGUGAUUUAGACUAGGGCACCAGCGAAAUUACCAAAUUUCGUCCAAACAGAAUGUCAACAGUUUGUACAUUCGUGUUUGGAUGAUAUUCGGUCAUUAUGUUCGGUUCAGAAUAUCAAGGUUUUAAGGUUUUUUUAUAUAUAUAUAUUCAGAAUCCGUUGCUUUGGAAGUUCCCUUUUAGCAUCUAUUUAUUUUUUUCGUGAUAUUCUAAAGUAACAAAGUGCUUAGUGCAACUGUGACUUACAUGUAUCCAUUUGUUUAUUUAUUUAAAGGGACACUAUAGUCACCAGAACAACUACAGCUCCCUUCAGGCAUUUUCAUGUAAACACUGCCUUUUCAGUGUUUUCAGUGCUGGAUUAACCCUAAGUGAAACAUAGCAGUUUCUCUAUGAAACUGCUAUGUUUUCAGCUGCACAGUUAAAACUAGAGGGACCUGGCACCCAGACCACUUCAUUGAGCUGAAGUGGUCUGCGUGCCUAUAGUGGUCCUUUAACUAACGGGAUCACUGUGCUUUUCUGGAUUGUUGUUUUGGUUUUGGUCUUAUCAGAUUGUUGUUGUGAAACUAAAAAUCGUCCAAUUCGAUUAUGUCACAAUGGGGGCGGAGCCGGCACUGGCUGACCCGCGCGGCGCUGGAUAGAAGGUGAGUUUUAAACUUUUAUAGGGGGGCUAUGUGGGAGCACGCCACAUAAAUGGUGGGUUUAGCACUAUAGGGUCAGGAAUACAUGUUUGUGUUCCUGACCCUAUAGUGAUCUUUUAAACUUUGUGUUAUGGCCCAAAAUGGUCAGUGAAAUUAGAGUAGAGGUUUUCUGUUCCACACUCCUAUUAGAUGGCAUAUUGCCAUCAGAAUCCUUAAAGUGAAUAGUUUACAAAUUUGUGAAGGUAUGAACAAAAUGCAAAAUAGAAAAAAAAUUCCAGUUUUUCUGUUUGGGCCUGAAAUUCCACUGCCUUGUUUGUAACUUAGAAUGUUUGCAUGCAUGAGUGUGCAGUAUAACUAAUACAUAAGGACACUAUGGUAAAUAUUCUUAUUGAUUCAUUCAUAUUAAAAUACGAAACCAUUUCAAACACUAUUCAGACCAUUAAUAGGGCCUUCAGUACAGCCUCCAUUUCUGGGAUCAUUAUGGCGGACGUUCUUACUUCCACUUUAGGGAUGUCUGUUCCAUCCAUGUUUGGAAUUAAUUCAUUGGCCGAAGAUUCUCUCAGUCUAUGGAUUUUAUAUUUAUGUAUUUAUAAAGCUGAUAUAUCUAAUGCGAAACGGGAGCCUCUACUCUAGAUAUCUCAGAUGCUGGACUGGGGAUCCCAGGUGUGUAAGAUUGUUUGUUUGAAAAUGGUUUGACAGUUUUUUGUGGUUUGGCACCAGUGGACGCCCGGCACCAUAAUCUCUGCAGCAUGCUGUAGUGGUUAUGGUGCCACGACUGUCCGUAUAAAGACAAGCAGCAAACUAUAAAAACUAUGUUGCAUGAUGAAAUAGCCUCCUUGUAUUCCCUUCCCUUUCUCACUUGUUUUUUUUGUUUGUUGUUUCUCAUUUUAUUUUUCAUGACUUCAAUGUUCGAGGGACAUUCUUUGUGAGACGGCUCCCAUUCCUGAUGCAGUAACUAGACUGGGGACAUUCCUAAGCAGUCACAUAUGUUGACACUGGCUGAAUGGCUGACAUUUGGCCCCAGGGAUGUCAGUGAGGGAUUUUUGGCUGUGGCGUGUGUUUGUUUUUUACGUAAGCAGCCAUGUCCUGUCUGGCAUAAUUACAGCUCCUAAUUACUUAUUUAUGGUUUGUUUUGUGUUUGGGUUUUUUUCUUCGUUAUAGCUGGCCAUGUUCAGGGCCCAGAUUAAUAUUUCAGCAACAAAAAAAAGUAUCAAAAAUAUUGCUAGCUUUCUGUCCCAAAAACACAAACCAGAAUUUUAUUCCAGCUUGAUUCCCCACAAUGAGGAUUUUACGUGCUGUCUCUGAAUUAUAAAUAAUGUUUGUCUGAUUUCAUGUAUAAACAGAUACGCAUCUUAAAUAAUGUGAAAGGAAGGAGAUUUAAUACUCGUGCCAACUUGCUGCCCAUUUUAGUGACCUGUUGGGGUGGGGGCAGAAUCACGCGUUCAAUGUCUGAUGGAUUACGGAGUCUACCCAUGAGUUACUGUUACAUUCAUAGACCACAGACUCGUAUAUUUCAUAUCUUCCCACCACCGUAACUAACUCUGGGCAGCGUUCAACUUAAUUAACACUCAGGGUCUCAAUAACUCCAAAAAAACAUGUAAAAUAUGACAUUUCAAAAUGGAAACUGUUUCAGUGGAAAUGUCCCUUAUUUUCUCAUUUUUAAUCUGAUUCUUUAACUGCGCGGAUCUUGUAAGAUUCCAUUUAUUUGUGCUGUGAGAGGGAAACUAAUGAAUGAUUUACCAAUUUCACCGUGAAGGUGGCGUUAACAAGCACACACUGCGGCAGUGAUGGCAUGUUUUGGAUCCCUACUUUCUCCCAUAACAGAAAGUGAGAUUGUCCUAUAUUUCUCACUUCUCAGUCAUUUUCAGCUUGUAGCAGGACACGUUCUGUGAAUUUCUAAUGUGGGACCUAUGUAUGGAUCUAGAACCAGCAAUAAGAAAGCUAGCACAGCUUUGGAUGUGAGGCAGAGGUUAAACUGCAUUUCCUUGAUGGUCAGUUGAAUUAUAUUUCCUAUGAAAUGUUCUUAAAUGUAUACACGAGAAACCUUAGACAACUUUAGCUAAAUGGAGCAGUGUAUAGAUCAUGCCCCUGCAGUCUCACUUCUCAAUUAUUUGCCAUUCAGGAGUUAAAUCACUUUUGUUUCUCUUUAUGCAGCCCUAGCCCCACAUCCCCUUGCUGUGACCCACACAGCCGGCAUGAAAACAAAAUGGUUUUAUUUCAAUCAGAUGUUACUUACUUUCACAGUUUGAAUCCCCUACUCUGUAAUUUGAACUUUUAUCACAGACAGGAGGUGCCUGCUGGGCCCCACGUGUAGCAGCGGAACUUAUGCCGGUGCGGUUCCCCCGGGGCCCGCACGCUAAUAGGGCCCACCGGGGGCCCUAAGCUUUUAGGGCAACCUGAUGGGCCCUAUAUCUUCAGGGGCCCGGUCAGCGCUGCGGCCGUGCAAUAGUAGUAGUAGUAUUUUAGAGCCGCAAAGUAGUGCUUGGAGGAAGUGAUGGGCCAGUCACUUCCUUCCAGCACCCUCCGUGCGGGAGGGGAGAGAGACAGGCCGCGAGGACGGAAGAGCCACGCCGACUCCCAUCAGCCCCAGCCACCCUCCUGCAAAAAAAGUAAGAAAAAUUAGCUGUGUGUAUGUGAGUAUGUAUGUAUGUAUACCUGUAUGUGUCAGUAUGUCUGUAUGUUUGUAUGUAUGUGUAUAUAUUUCACUAUGUCUGUGUGUAUGUCUGUCUCUGUGUAUUUGUCAGUAUGUAUGUAUCUGUAUGUAUGUCUGUAUGUUAGUUUGUGUCUGUGUGUCUGUUUCAAUGUGUGGUUGUAAAUGAAGAGAUUUGCUCACCAACCAAAUGUCUAUAUUGGAGCCCAAAUCCCUCUGUCCCUAUUUUCUAUCCUAAUAUCCCUCAUUUCUAGGAGUUUGAUAUUGUUGUUGUGUCUGAGUGUAUAACAGAGCUCCACAGCCAUGCUUCUCCCAGUAAUGUGUCUUUACACUACAAUAAAUGUGUUUAGAAAUCAGUCUGUGUAAAUAAGAUACAUUGUUAUUCUAAAUUCCAUUUUAGUUGCAUACAUUGUUACCGGGUCACCUAAAAUUUCCCUUGCCCCCUCUCUACUUACACCCUAAAAAUGAAAGUGUACAUUUGAUAUGUUGGGAGGUUUGCUAAACAAGAAAAUUAUUAAGCAAAUUGCGAAAUUGCAGCCCAAACUAUUCCACCUGGAAAAAUUUCCCAAAUUGGGGGAAUGUUUGUAAUUCAGGAGUUUUUGUCUAAAAUGUUCCAAUUUCUUUGUCCAUUCUCCACAGUUUAACAUUCAGUGAAUAAACCCUAAAGAGCUAUACGUGCGCCAAAAAAAUAGUAUGUUGCAUUUUUAUUUUUUGUUGUUGUUAAUGUUUUCCAUGAGUUUUAUGCAACCCCUUCAGUUUCUUAUUACUAUAAGCUUGCUAACAUGAUUGCAGAUAGUCUUCGUUCUCCUUCCUGUCGGUGGAAGGCUGCUGGGGAUCUGGACAGCACAGUUGGCUGGGAAUGAAUUACGUAAGCCAAUUGUGCUCCUGACAACUGUGAAUAUAGGAUUUAAAAUCUUGCUUAUGACAAAGCGUACAUCCCUCCUUGCCCAGCCGAAAUUGGACGCCAUUCACACUGUCUGUACCUGUUAUUAAAUUAGAAUUGCAGAGAUAAAGGAAAGAAAAUGGAUUUUGUAAUUUAGUUUGUCAAAGUGUCUAUCUGUCAAGUGUGUUUCAUGGCACGUAAAUAAUGGAUUCAUAAUUCUACUCUCUGGUCCAGUGAUAGCCAGAGGUGCCAAUCAUGGGACAUUAGCCGCAUUUUAAUGCCAUCUGGGCAUAUUUGUGUGAUGUGAGUUCGUUCUCGAUUUAGUAUAACGGUGUAUUUUUUACAUGGUAGCUCUCAUUUUAUUUUUUUGUAAUUUCUUUGUUAAUGAUGGAGAUGCAUUGGUUGUUAUAAGGGCAACUGUACUGCCCAAAACUACUUUUACUCUUUUUUUUAAAUUUAAAAUGCAUAACAUUCUACCUAUACAUAGUGUUAGCAGUUUUGCUGCAGAAUGUGGAGAUUGGGAGAAAAAUCAAUUCAAAAAAAACGGGUCUUUCUCCCACCUGUCUUUUAAUUCUUCAGCAUAGAUUUUAUUCUGAUGAAUUCAUUGCUAAAUAAAAGCAGAAGAGACCACCCAAAGGCGGUACAUCCUUCGGCUCGCCACCCCUAGCAACCACAGCGCGUGCACUGUGGUUGUUAGGGUAGCUCCCUAUCAGGAGCUGCUAGUGCUGGCUAGAGAAUAUAGUAACAGAGUGAACACUAUAGCAUUAGGAAUACAAACAUAUAUUUCUGAAGCUGUUGUGACCUCCUAGCAGUUUAGUUACAACCCCCAGCCCCCAUGUUAAGUGAAUAGGUACUUUUACUUAUUUUAUCUACACUGCCGCAGUGUUCUCUUUCCGGCUACCCUGCCUCUAUGGCUGAGAUCGUCAAGCAUUGCAAGGCUAGUGCGCAUGCAGUGGACAUCACUCUAUUGUGCCAAUCAAAUGCUGCUCUAGGAGACGCCAUUGAUUGACAAACCGUUUUGACUAGGUUCUCACAGGGAAGCACUUCUAGUGGCUAUCAGUUAGACAGCCACUAGAAGUGUGUUUUUUUUUUAUAAAUUCUUUAUUUUCGGUAGUGCAUAGAUAUUGUUACAAACAGGUAGACAACAUGUUGGUACAUCGUUUACAGUAGUUCUCUUAAUUAAAGGGACACUGCACUCACACCACUUCAUUGAGAUUACGUGGUCUGGGUGCCUUUGGUGUUCCUAUAAUAAAGGGUCACUACAGGCUGCAGCUAAGCUCUGUUGAUAUAACUGCAUUAUUUGAUCAGCAGCAAGCAAGGACGUAUCACUUCAGUUACUGUAACACAGUUGAAAUGUUAUUGUACAGCCUUUGUAAAAAGACACUGCAAAUACAUAACAGGGUAGUUUCACUGGUGUUCUUGAAAUGGUUAAUGAAGAGAUAUUAAAGGGGAACUCUGGCUUCUUUGUAAUUUACAUCAUUAUAUAAAAUAUUGAAAUGCACUUAUAAUUUUUGCCAACUUUUUUGUUUGUUUGUUUUUUUUGGGGGUAUUUUUAUGAGCUGCUCUGGGUGUUUUAAGUCAUAUUAAACAUUUAGCAAAUACCAUAGUAAUCCAGAUCAGACAAGGCAAAAAAAACAGGGCAAACAUUGCAAAAGAGGAGGAGAAAUAGACCUGUUUUAAUUUCUCCCCUCGCCUCUUGCUCUCUCUAUGCUGACUGACAGGUGCGAAGGACAGAGCUUUUAUAACAAUGAUUGACAUGGAGCUAAGAACGAGGUGCUCAUUCGCAGGUUGAAGAAGUGUGAAUUUCUGCAUUUAAUUUACAUAUUUGUUAAAUAUAGAUUAAAAUCCUGGGAAGCUCGAUCAGUUUAUGAUGGCAUGAACUGAAUUAGCUUUAAAUUUAUCUCUGUCCCUGUAACACUCUUUUUCCGUGCAAGCUGUAAGUUAAUGGUCAUGUGCCUUGUUACACCAUUAACAUAGAAACAUAGAAUGUGACGGCAGAUAAGAAUCAUUUGGCCCAUCUAGUCUUCCCAAUUUUCUAAAUACUUUCAUUAGUCCCUGGCCUUAUCUUAUAGUUAGGAUAGCAUGCUUAAACUCCUUCACUGUGUUAACCUCUACCACUUCAGCUGGAUGGCUAUUCCAUGCAUCCACUGCCCUCUCAGUAAAGUAAUACUUCCUGAUAUUAUUUUUAAACCUUUGUCCCUCUAAUUUAAGACUUUGUCCUCUUGUUGUGGUAGUUUUUCUUCUUUUAAAUAUAGUCUUCUUUUCUUAACCAUUUCCAACCACUCUUUUUUUAUUUUUAUUUUUUACUUUUGUCUCUCUCUGGGAAGUUGAAAUUACUUCUUUAAAUGUUUGUGUUGAAAACUUUGUUUAUGGUUUAUUAUAUUUAUUUGUUUUGCUUUUUUUCUUUUUAGAUUUGUGGGUACCUUUGUAAAGCUUUGCGAACAGUGAGGAUUUUCUCGCUAAUCACAGGUAAGGCAAUGUGUGUGAUUACGCAUUUAUGUGUGCAGUUCUUUGACCUACAUGCCUUUUUUUGAAUAUAUUUAUUUUAUUAAUAUGGAACAUGUUGUAUAAUGUUUUCAUGGGCGGAGAGUGCAGUCUAAUGCUCCGCGAAGAAGCAGCCUCUACAAUGUCCGGAGUUCUAUUGGUAUAGCAGCGAUUUUAUACGACAUACCAUUGGUGCUAGGAAGCCGUCAUUUUCUACAUCCUAUAAACUUCAGUGUAGUCCACUAUUUUCCAUGUGUGAUGAUUUUAAAGCUGCGUCCUGUGAUGGAAAAUAACUCUCAGCCUCCUUAUUCAGGAUGAGAGUCAUAGGGUUUGUAGGCCGGUAUAAUCUUGUCUUCUAUUUAGCAGACGAAAGGAAACCUGGCACAGACAAAACUAUACCCUCAAUACACCUGACAUUUAUAGUUUCUACAAUAACCUUUUGGAUUUACAUCAAUUAUGCAAAUUUACUAUAAAAACAUGCAAAUCAGAUUAAGAUCAAUCUCUGUUAACUUGGCUUUUAAGGCAUGAUUCGCCUUGCGUGUGGUUUUUUACCUGCAAUUAUUUUUAUACAUUAUACUUGGCAGAGAAAAUACCCGUUCACUGCUAGUGCACUGAUGUGUGACCUUGUGAGGUUCCCGCUACGAUGGUGUGUUAGUUUUGCAGUUUUUGAUCGGAUGGUGUUUAGUUCGUAGCGUGUUACCAAAACAGAAACUCUGAUUCCGUAUGAGGUAAACCCACAUUAUGUCCAGUGUUGCCACAAUCCACAAGCUCUCCCCAGACACAUUCAACAUGUUUCUUGAUGUUGUUGGUGUGAAUUGGUGUGUGUUGGACAAUAGCUAAACAUAAAAAAUAAUAUAAAAGAGUAAUGAAAAAUAGUUCUAAUUUGUAUUAAGAGAGACAAACAAACAUCUCAUACAAUUUACUGUGAUGGGCAUGUUGAGUUUUAUAUUCUAAAUGUGAAAUUUUAUAGCUGGGUCACAGUGUGGAAUAAAAGGAGAGCUGGGAAUCACUGAGUUCCAUAAAGGAUUCUACUUAUUCUCCAUCAUUAAAACCCGUUCUAGUGAUACACUAUAAUCCUAUCUAAUUAUGCGAUCAGGAAUUGAACCAAUAGGAAGAUGAUUAAAAUACCAUAAAUGUUUCAUUUUGCUUAAUACGCUUGCUGUUCUGGAAAUGAUCAAAUAAAAACAAAUCACAUGUGGUCUUGUGAUGAAGAAUCCAAAUCAAGAGUUUUACGGUCUAUGCCGUCUAAAUAUUACAGAACAAUACUGACUGCUUAAUACGACGUUCGAUAUGUAACCUGACCUGCCAACAUUUUUUCAUUAUUAUUUUAUAUUUAUGCAGCAUUUAGAAGGACCUAUUAACUUUUUAGCUAAUUAAUAAGAUUAAAAAAUAACAUUUUCGUGUUCAAUUUAUAUAGUCUCUAUAUAGCAUUUGAAAAAAAUAUAUAAAUAUAUAUAAUAAUCUGUUGAAGAAGCCUAAAAUGAAGAUACAACAUUUGCUUUUAUGAAUGUAUUCUAUAAUAGUAUCAUCCUUUUAGUUACCAGUUGUUGCAUACAUUCAAACUGUCUUAAAUUGUGGCCCCCGUCCAGCUACACUUUGUUGGUUCUCUAAAGCUGGAGUCCAAGGACACAAGACGCAAGUCCACAGAAAUGCACUGUGUGUCAUUAACACAUUGUCCAAAGCCAAUGCAUGUAUUUCUACCCAUUGACGCACUGUUCUCUUGAAAGCUGACUUUGUGUGUGUGUGUGUGGACUUCAAUGUGUCACCAGCAUAGUCCACCCCUCUCCAACCUUAGACAUCAUAACUUCUUUAGAAGCCCACAUAUGUUGCUCAUGCUCAUCUUUUCUCUCAUGGGGUCCUUCUGUUCAUGUGUUAGUAUAUAAAAAACAUGAAUAGCUAGUAUGUGUGGAAAUGUGCAUAUUAAUUUACAUUGUUGUCUUUGAAAGCUGCCUUUGAUCAUUUCCAAGCAAACCAAAGCACCAAUUCUAGAAAGUGCUUAAUUGGAGAUUGGGUGUCCAGACAUUUUAUACAUUAUGUACGUUUUGUGUCUCCAUCAAAGUGUCAAUGAGGCUUUCGCUGUUGGACACAACAGACGUGCCGUGUAUCAAUUGUGUCCGUCCCUCAGGGUUGGAGGAAGAGGUCUUGAAACGCUGACGACCUAGUAAGGGCUGAUAAUAGAUGACUAAAACGGUUGGCUGAAUGAGGUUUUGUCUGGUUUACUUGUGAUUGAAAUACAAUAAUUGAAAGAACAGUUAAAGGGUAACGUUCUUCUGAUAGGCAUAGAAAUAUGACUGAGAUCAACUACUGACAUUCCUAAAGGAUUCAUGCACAUGUGCUAAAUGUUCAAAUUGGUCCAAAUGCACGUUAUGUGUGUAGCUCCUAAUAACUUAGUUUGACAUUUUUUUGGAUUUCUAUCAAAUUCUUUUUUUCUGGAGCAACAGAUGCCAACUUUAAAAAUAGAGUUUUAUGAACGAAUUAAACUAAUUUUAGCUGAAGAUGGAGAAUCCAAACAUCUAAUUUGUAAACAUUCUUGGUGAAAUUACUACAGAUAAACUGCCGGGACACUUUUAGCAUCAACUUUCCAUUUUCCUUCCUUUGGGUGCAAAGUUUAAACAAAGCCCCUGUUUUCUUUAGCUAAAAUAUUGUAGAUAAAGAUUGGAUGAUCUACAUGAUGUUUGUGAAAUGGGUGUAAAAUAUGAGGGUCUUGCUGUCCCCUGGGGGGCUCCCGCUUGUCCAGCUCUCCUGAACUUCUUAUCUCUCCCACCUGGGCCGCCAUUCUGGUAUUAAUAAAGGCCUUUCGUGCCAUUUGACCAGGUUGGUCUCCAAGGUCCUGCUGCAAUCAGGAUCACCUGAGUUCCAUGAGUGGCAAGCAGUGUCUACACUAUAUCUGCCAGUGCCAAGAAACUGUUCCGGGUGGCAUCCAUUCCCUGCGGUUGAACACAGUUGGCGAAACCGUGUCCUUUUUAAGCAGUCAAGUGGUAUUGUGGUGAGGGGUGUCUAUUUCCUCUAUUUAAAGCCCUUUCACUCCUCCCGCAUUGCUGAGAUGUCAUGUGCUAGUGCCUGUUCUUGCUACUUUGUCUAUCUGGUAUUUGACCCUUUAUCCUGCCUUUCACUCAAAAACCUUUGCUGCCUGGACGGACGGAUUCUGUUGAACCUGACCACAUCUAUCCUUGUCUGUACUUUGCUUUGACUGAAAUUGCCAUUGUCAAUUACUGCAUUCCGAGUUCCUUGUACUGAAACCCUGACCGUAAUCCUGCUGAUACCUUGGAUUAUUAGGAUGACGUUGUAUCAAUAGUAUUUGCUCUGUGAAAUUUUUUAGCAAUAUUGGUGCUGCAGUUUCGCUAGAUGUUAAAUCUCUAUACAUCUUUCAGUUUGUCACAAACAGUGAAUUAUUAUUGAAUGGAAAAUGAGUUCAUUCAUACAGACCAGGAGAAUUGUAGCCAUAAAUUGCCCCGAUUCCCACUUACCCUAUAAUGAUAGCCCAAACCUAAACCCGACAACUAAUUUUACUGCCGCAGCAAUUUUUAUGUACAUAGAAAAUUUGGUUGUCGUUUUAAAAUUUGCAGUUUUACUGCUGUUCAGCUGGAGUGCUUUUUAAACUAAUUUCACUGUCUCAUUAAAGGACCACUAUAGUGCCAGGAAAACAUACUCGUUUUAUAGUGCCCUGAGGGUGCCCCCACCCUCAGGGUCCCCCUCCUGCCCGGCUCUGGGGAGAGGAAAGGGGUUAAAACUUACCUUUUUCCAGUGCCGGGCGGGGAGCUCUUCUCCUCCGAUCCUCCUCUUCUCCUCCCAUUUGGCUGAAUGCGCACGCGCGGCAAGAGCUGCGUGCGCAUUCAGCCGGUCUCAUAGGAAAGCAUUUGCAAUGCUUUCCUAUGGACGCUGGCGUCUUCUCACUGUGAUUUUCACAGUGAGAAUCACGCAAACGCCUCUAGCGGCUGUCAAUGAGACAGCCACUAGAGGAUUUGGAGGCUGGAUUAACCCAUUUACAAACAUAGCAGUUUCUCUGAAACCAUUAUGUUUAUUAAAAAAAUGGGUUAACCCUAGCUGGACCAGGCACCCAGACCACUUCAUUAAGCUGAAGUGGUCUGGGUUCCUAGAGUGGUCCUUUAAGCUCUAUUUGCUCAGCACCUUCUGUCCUGUACGCUCGACUUGUCUUGUUGCAAUUACUUCUUUGUUAGCCCAGCUAUUGCACAGCGCUGCGGACUUUGUUGGCGUUUUGUACACAAAUAAUAAGAAUAAUUUGAACAUAGUAUGGACCCAUACAUCUCAAUGCAGCUUCAAUGAUUUUAGUAGAUAAUUAAUUUCAGUUAUGCUGACAGAAUUCUAUUGACGGUUCACUGUAUUGAAUGAGUGUAAGUGGUACAAUUUACUAAAAGCAAAUUCACAGCUUAUGAAAUAGAUCCCAAAGUUUUUCCUGGGCAGCUGUGUGUAAUCCAUAUAAAAUGUCAGAAACUCCCAGCUAAUUGAAGUAUGUUCUAUAUUUAUAUACCACUAUGUAAUUAAGCAGCUUGUCGUUACAAUAGGAGUCUUCACAGUUGCGGGACUGGAACUCUAAAAUAAAUUUAAAAAAAAAUAUAUAUAUAUAUAUAUAUAUAUAUAUAUAUAUAUAUAUAUAUAUAUAUCUGUUUAUUUGUAUAUUAUUUGUAUAUCUUACUGGCCAUUUUGGGAUGUUUGUGAAGAUAUUUUUUUUCGGUCAUCUGUAUCUGAGCGAGGCAUUUCAUUUAUUUGCCUUUGGAUAUGUAGAUAUCAUACGGCAGAACAUAUGAUAAAAUAGUAUAUAUUCUAUUCCAUUUGAAUUCCAGACUGAUUCUCUAUAAUUUGUUUUCCUGACAAGAAAAGGCUUGCAUAAUAUAAACUUCGUUUCACAAAAUUUCAAUUCUUUCACUUUUUUUUUUUUUUUUUUUAAGGAGACUAGUGAAUUAGUUACACUUCGUUAAAACAGGAAACAAAUUAAGUAUACAAUGUUAAGCCAUUUAAAUGUUAAAAAUAUGCAGCCGGUUUUUCUUUAACCCUUGUCAGAACUUUUUGUGACCGUUUAUAUUUGCGUUUAUUUGAAUUUUACUCUUUCUGGACUUUUGAUUUUCUUUAACCUUUUUUAAAGCCGUUGAGGCCUGCUAUUCACGCUGCUUAACAACAAGCACAGUGCGUAAAGGUGACAUUGUAUAUUGCUUUGUAUACAUGACCUGUCCUGUCCACAUGACUUCAUGUUUGACGAAAAACAUCUGCUCUUCAACACUGCUGUCUUCAGGAAGUAUACUUGCGAAUGGCUUCCUGUAUUGUUGAGUUGCUUUGUUUGAAUUUUUGUGUGUGUAUAUAAAUAUAUGUCCCCCUCCUACUGCCCUUCCCCCCCAGUAAAUUAUAAGGCUCUAUUAUUUCUUGGAACCAAAAUGCUGCAGUCCAUCUCCCUUGUCAAAUGUUAAUUUAGUGUUUUGUGGUGGGAAGUUCCAGCUAAAAUCUAAAGCACAACUGCGAACUGACACUGACUUAAUUGCAGCGUUAAGACUCCUCAUUAUCCGUUGACAAGUACCAAUGAGUCCCUGACUUCCUUGAUAGCAGAGGAAUCUGUGCAUGAUAAUGACCGUCAACGCGUUUGACAGGGUGAUAACGAGAUUACAGGGUUGGCUUUCUCUUUAUAAAAUUGGGCUGUACGUUUGUUACAGAGGCAAGUCGAGUUAUAACGUGGGGUUAUACUGUUAAUAUUUAUUUUUUUAUAUAUACAGCUCUUAUUUCUUCUGAGACAUUACUAAAUUUUUAAUCCCCCACGGCAGCUGUCUGUGAUUAAACCUUGUGUUACCAAGCUGACGUCUUUACAGAUUUAAUGGCAAAGGCAUCUACAGUCCGUGGCAGAGGAAAAUGGAGUUUGUACGAGCUUUCCAUUCUGACACUACAAAGCAAUGUCUGUCCGUGGAAUUUGUGGCAUCUUUAGAUCUGUAAUUGAAGCUGGAAUGGCAAAGCAUGAUGAGAGUUAUAAGGCAAGCCUUUGCGCCUAUAUUACUAGACAAGUUAAUAAAUUGGUUAAUAUUUCUUGCGUUGUGUUCACCCCAGUGUUUUCGUUAAUGUCUCUUUAUGUACAGUCUCUCUUCCAUCUACCUAGUUAGUUACUAGACUUGGCUAACAUCCGGCAGCCCACUAAUUACUCCUCCUGUGAGACUUAAUAAACCCUUGAAACAGGUGUCCUGAUAUCUUAGCUAGGUUGCAAUCAUCAGGACCCAGUCCACUUCUAAAAGGUCAAUAUGUUACUUUCACACUGAUCGAACAAAUUUGGAAUCUUUUGAUAUUGAAUGCAUUCUGCUUGUAUUCACUAUUGUUUACCAUUUAGCCAGUCUCCUUCCAAAUGAAGCAGAUUAAAGGAGUCUAGAAAUGAUUGAUGAAGCCAGACAUGUUGGCAUCUGUUAAUGUCCUUUGGCUAUAACUUUUUUAAAAAGUCAUAAAUAAAAAACAAAAAAAGAUUGGUUCAAAAGGUUCCCUAUGUUUCACAGUGAAGUUGUACUAUAAUUCCUUAAUGACAGAACUCUAGUACUAUACAAACACACACCGCCAUAAGAAACUUCCAUGAUGGUGAUACUAUGAAUGAGAACACCGAAUGUGUGGGAAUGAGGCGAGAUUUGCUUUGUGACAGUAAUACAAAGCUUUCCCCAACCUUUUUUAUUCUGUAUAUUUCCCAAAUUAGCCACACAGCAGAGCACAGGCUGUAGGUCCCAAACAAUACUUCUCUGUGUGCAAGAAAAGUCAAUAAAACAAGUGUUGAUCCAACAUUACCUGCAGUUUUUUUGUUUUUUUGCUCCCCAAACUGAGGAUGCUUUGUCCCUUUGCAAUUUGGAACCAGGUCUAACACGUGUUCUGGAUGUCAUAUGGGUUUUGUUAGUAAGCCUUGCUAUUCAUUGUGUAGGAUUGUUCCUUUGAAUGUCCAUUUUUCUUGACUUUGUGUUGAAGAAUAAUUGUUUAUCACGAGAGAAGUGGAGGCCUAUGGAAUGACUGUGGGAUGUAUAUCGCACUCUACAUAUAAAGCAGAUGUUUGGCUGCCCUCCAAACUAUAAGUAAUUUUUGGAAGUAUAACAAAUUGAAACACAUUAACUGAAGAAAUUCCAUGAAUAUUUUUACCCUCUGUGUUUCAUGGUUUCCUGAAAUGUUCAUUAUUCAUAAACUUUCAUUGACUAGAGUCCUACGAACAGAAUGGCCAACGUAGAGGUAAUUUUAAUGAGAAUGUUGAAAAGCUUUCGUCAGUCAAAGUUAACGCGCCUUUACAUAUAGAGCCUACGUUCUUCUAGUAAUACUUUAUUGGUAAUAUAUAUGUAUUUUUAAUUUAAACUUCAUGUUCACGGGCACUUAAAACAAGAACAAAAUCUUCUAAACAUUUGUCUUGCUUCUAAAUGAAAACCACAAUUAAAUAGAACUGUCACCUGCGGGAUUUUUACAGAUUUCAAGUUAACUAUACAUAGUGAACGUUAUAGAAACUAAUUUAAAGGCCAGGAAAUUUAACUUGCUUUUAAUUUAAGUCUGAAAUUGAAUUUUUAAGCCUGAAAGAGCCAUCAGGAGUCUGGUCCUGGGCUGCAAUUUUCUCAUUUUUCAUUGCCUUCUUAGGUUAAAUGUAAAAACUGCAGCAACUUUAAAAACUGAUUUGUAAGUUGUAACUUUUUAUGUAAAGUUGCUGUUACCCCAAACUUGCCUUUCAACAAUUGAUUCUUCAUGUUUUCCAGUCUCCAGAUCCAUUCUUAUUUUUUUCUUUAAAAUAUAUAAGGAAAAGUAGGAACUGCUUUGUUUUAUGAAUUUUUUGUCUAUUUGACAAAAGGCAAAGAUUGAGAAAAGCUCCACUUACUUUGUAAAGUGGUAAUUUCCCAGCAUACUUACCUUCCCGUUGCGUCCCUCGGCACAAAUGUCGUAAUGAUCUUAGGGCGAGCGCUGUGCAUGCCGAGUACAAUUGGAAGCACAGGGGAGAGGAAAGUCAGAAGAAGGCAGAGACAAGAUGCCACUGCCAGGCUAAAGAAGACUGCACUAAAUAAGUAAAAAAAAGUUAAAAAAAACAAAAUAAAAAAUGCCUUAAUCAAUGAUAAUCUAAAAGGAAAGAACAGCAGACCAAAGCAAAAUUAACUUGGAGGACACUUAGAGUUGGUUGGUCAGCCGUAAAAAAACAAAAAAAACAAAAUAAAAAAACACAAGCCCGUGGCAGAGCCGGUUUAUUUCACUACGGUUCACAGCUUGGUGAAUAAAGCCCAUUGUUUAGCUUUUACAUUAACCAGGCAAAUCGGAGAAAGUUUGGUUGGCAGUGAUAGUCUGCAAGAACUCGGCAGAACUGCUUGCAGAGUGCUACAACAGUAAUCCACAGUGAUUAUGGUGGCCCUCUAAGUUAUGUAUUUCCUGGUGAGAUAUUUCCUGGUCAAAAAGCAAUUAUAGGAGAGAAAAUGUACUCUGAUACAUUUAAACUGGAACCGUAAAUAAGUAAAAAAAAAUAUUUUUUUUGUUUUCUAACGAACACAUAGGUAACUGUUGCACAGUUUUGCUGCGAGGAAAAAUAAUAAUUGUUUUCUCUUUCCUAAAGUACUUUGUGGAGGUUUUUUUUGUGUCCUACUUUUGCAAUCUAUUUCCUAUUACUGUCCUGUUUAUGAGUAAAGGAAAAAUGAACGCCAGUAAACCAAGCGACCUUCUAAAUGUAGGAAAAUCAGUCGCUGCCUUAGUGCAGUUGACUGUUUUUUGUUAUGGUUUUUGCAGUGGUAUUCUGUGGCAAUAUGCUUCAAACCAUUUUGCACACUCAAGGCCCUAUAUCAAACAUUACUCUGGAGCUAAGCUCGGCUGAUAUAUUGUAUUUAUAACUUUACUGAGCCACGUGACUGAACGAGAAGUCACUCCAACUUUAGAUCUAACUGACGCAGAGGAAACAUUCAAUGUGAAUUCUUUUUAUUCCCAUUUUUUGACGUUCUUUUUUGCCAGUUUUAGUUUUUUAUGACCCAGAUUUUUCCUUUCCAAGAGUGACUUUUUUUUUUAUAUAUAUUUAUUAACACUGUAGUUUUUUUUUUACAUUUCACAGGAAACUUCUUUGCACAUAUGCAAGAAUAAGAAGGUGUCAGACUUUUCCUUGACACGUUUUAUUACGUUACUAUUCUGUUUAUAUUUAACAAGCCAUCUGGUUAUUGUAAUAGAUGUACAUAAUUAGUGUAUGUACUUAUAUGGAUGCACACAUUUUAAAUUAGCUUAGAUUUUAUUUUUUUACAGUCUAGUGUAGCUAUCUGAGGUUUUCUUUUUAUGUUGUUUUUUUUUUUUUUUUUAACUCUCUGGUGUAAGUAACCUGAGUCAUUCUUCAUGACAUGCAAUUUGGAACCAGGUCUAACACGUGUUCUGGAUGUCAUAUGGGGUUAAUCGGCCCAGGGCCCAGUUUUUAACAGCAAGUGAAAUUACAGGUCUUGUUUCCAGGACUCUAAAGAAAGCUGUACUUGGGGUCUCUACAUAAAGGUAUGUUCUAAUCUAGACCCAGACUAUACAGAGAAUUCUCCUGGACCCCUCUAUUGUUUUUUACACUCUAGAACUGGUGAGUCUUACUGAAUGGCUGACAUAAUGUUAUGGUCCUGGUUCAAAUAAUAUUUAUAUGACAAAUAAGAGUAGGCGUUUGGUCAGCGGAUUACCACCAGUGGAGAUAUCUUAAAAAAAAAAAAAAAAUCUCAAGAAUCUGUUUUUUUGUUGUUUUUUUUUUUUAUAACCACCGUCUCCACAAAAACACAAUGUAUGAAUGGUUAUGGAAAUUAGGUCUGACUCAUCCUGACGAUGCAGCAUUCAAUGUGUUUUGCCUUAAAGGGACAUUCCACUGCUAAAGUAAAUAAACAAUUAUCUCUGUUUAGUAGAUCUAUAGCCAUGAAAACAUGCAUGCAUUUUUUUUAAUUGUGCAUUUUUCAUUUGGGUAUAUCUGAAUACAGCUUGCCAAAGCUGCAGAUCUCUUGUCUGCAGCCUUUGCAAGUCAUCCCCUUCUAACCCUGCCCAGACUUUCUGUGGCUUCCAAAUGCAGCUCAAUGCGAAGUCUUUGCAAGGCAGGUUCUCUGGGCAAUUGUUGCCUCUUGAGUUUAGCUUCACUGAGCUAAACAAACCAGGAAGUAACAGGAUCAGUUGUCUGAUUGACAGCCAGAGGGGUGUAACAAAGUUAAUUUAUAAAAGUUCCAAUUUCUAUUUAAAUCUACAUUUUUUAUAAAAUGGGGAAAAAAUAGGUUAUGUUCUUCAUAUGUACAGCACGUCAAGCUAAAGUGCUUCAGGUGUCUGGAGUGUCCCUUUAAAGUUGUCUGAACAUCAUAGGAAAUUUUAUUCUUCUGGGGUGUAAAGGUUACCCAUCAGUGGUUUGGGCAUAUGUAUUGCUGUGGUGAAGGGUUUCCCAUUUCUCUCCUAAAAAGUAACCCAUAGAAUUUCAGGUGAUUUCGCUUUACAUGCAUAUUUUUGUUCCUUGAUGCAAAAAUACCCAUUGUGGUGUUUUAAUGACCCCCAUGUGACAGGCUGAAUACAGCGAGCGUUGGGUAUUAUGGAGACGGACUAUAAGCCUGGAGCGUUACAAAGCUGACAUCUGGCACAUGGAAUUUAGUGCAAAGAGAUGUAAAUUUGGUGCAAUUAAACAAAGAAUAAAUCGAUGGAAAAAAAAAUUCUUAAUGGCUGUCUAAAUGUGGCUUUGAAAUGGUAUUUGUCUGAACAUGAAUUGACCAGGGAAAGUGAUAGGAUAAGAAUUCUGCAAGAAGUGGCGCAUGUAUUCUAAACAAACAAUAAACUUAGGGCAAUUAUCCUUUGCUAAUUGCUGUUUUAAUUUUAAGAAUUGUCACUCUGCUGAGCAUUAUAAAAAUGGUUCUGCAGUGGCAAUACGAUGCUUUAUCUGUUAUUGAAUGAACUGAAGAAUUUUGAAUGUACAUAAGUCUUCUUAAAGGGACAUCGCUGGCACCAAAACCACAAUAGCUUUUUGUGCUUGUCAUGGUGCAUGGAGACUGUGCAUGCAUUCUCUUUGGUGUUUUUUUUUGUGUGUGGAUUUAUUUUCUAUCAACAACUGGGGGUUUAUUAUGCCCGACACAUUAAUAAAGCGUUCAUUUCAUACUGGGAUUAAUCAUAAGGCACCUGCUUAGGGUCCUGGAUCCAUGAAGAUACUUGGUCAAGCUUGGAUCCACUCACCAUCUCUAUACAAAGAGCGGUUGAAGUCCUUAAUUUUAUCUGCCUGAGGUUGUGGUGGUUUUAAUUAUUCAAUGGUUUGUUAGAAGGAUUAUUUUAUAAUUCGAGAGUUUACAAGCCAGAGUGGGUACCGUAUAUACUCGAGUAUAAGCCGACCCGAAUUAAGCCGAGGCCCCUAAUUUUACCACAAAAAACUGGGAAAACUUAUUGACUCGAGUAUUAGCCUAGUGUGGGAAAUGCAGCAGCUACUGGUAAAUUUCUAAAUAAAAUUAGAUCCCAAUAAAAUUAUAUUAAUUGAAUAUUUAUUUACAGUGUGUGUAUAUAAUGAAUGCAGAGAGUGUGUGUGUGUAGUGUGUGUGUAUAUAAUGAAUGUAGUGUGUAUAUAAUGAAUACAGAGUGUGUGUGUUUGUGUAGUGUGUGUAUAUAAUGAAUGCAGUGUGUGUUUGUGUAGUGUGUGUAUAUAAUUAAUGCAGAGUGUGUUUGUGUGUAGUGUGUGUAUAUAAUGAAUGCACAAUUUGUGUGUGUAUAUAAUGCAGUGUGUGUGUUUGUAUGCGUGUGUGUGCAUAUAAUGCAGAGUUUGUGUUUGUAUGAGUGUGUGUGUGUGUGUAUAUAAUGCAGAGUGUGUGUUUGUAUGAGUGUGUGUGCAUAUAAUGCAGUGUGUGUGUUUGUAUGAAUGUGUGUGUGUGUAUAUAAUGCUGAGUGUGUGUGUGUAUAUAUAAUGCAGUGUGUGUGUGUAUAUAAUGCAGUGUGUGUUUGUAUGCGUGUGUGUGCAUAUAAUGCAGAGUGUGUGUUUGUAUGAGUGUGUGUGUGUGUGUAUAUAAUGCAGAGUGUGUGUUUGUAUGAGUGUGUGUGUGUAUAUAUAAUGCAGUGUGUGUUUGUAUGAGUGUGUGUGCAUAUAAUGCUGAGUGUGUGUGCAUAUAAUGCAGAGUGUGUGUGGAUAUAAUGCAGAGUGUGUGUUUGUAUGAGUGUGUGUGUAUAUAAUGCAGAGUGUUUGCAUUCUAUACACACACACACACACACUCUGUGAGUAUAUAAUGCAGAGUGUGUGUGUUUGUGUAGUGUGUGUGUAAACUAGGUGGGGGGAGGGCAUUUUUAUUAUUUUUAAUAUUCUUUUUUUAUUUUAAUAUUUUUUUUAUUUCAAUAUUUUAUUUUUUUAUUUUAAUAUUAUAAAAUGAUUUUUUUUUGUCCCCCCUCCCUGCUUAAAACCUGGCCAGGGAGGGGAGCUAUGGCAAUUCCUGGUGGUCCAGUGGAUGGGCUGUGCAGUGGGGGGGCUGGCAACGCUCUGACGGCUGCGGGUAUCACGAGACUUACACUGUGAGCUGAACAGGAGAGCUGACAGGAGCUACAAGGAGCUGCUGUAAAGGUAAGUAAACACUUCCUGCCGGCCCCCAACAGCACCGCCGGGCUUGCAAUGUAAAUUGACAUAAUACAGACACCGACUCGAGUAUAAGCCGAGUGGGGCUUUUUCAGCACAAAAAAUGUGCUGAAAAACUCUGCUUAUACUCGAGUAUAUACGGUAUAUAGGUUUUAAAUAUACUUAAGUGCAUUAUUUUCCUUAAAUGAGAAGAUGGCAGGUGGACUUGCAUUCUGUGAACUUGAAGUGAUACAAAAUAACCUCAUUUAUUCCAAGCACCAUAACCACUGCAGCCAGAUUUAGAGGUUAUGUUGUGGGAAGUACCCUGAAUAAAUGGCCCCAUUUUAGAAACAGUUUGCCCUUUAGCCAGGUCCCAGCUGGGCUCCGAGGCUCAUUGGUGGGUUGGUGAUGUGCUUCUGACUUCUGCAGAGCUCUGGAAACCAAUGUUGUCACCAUUAUAGUUCCAGCCUGGCUGCCGACAUCCCAGUGACGCUGCUGAAGUUGGAGUUACACCUUUGGCAGCACAGGUGUCAAACUCCAUAUAUGCAGCGUUUCAAACUGAUCUAAUGCACAUAUAGACUCCUUGACCGUUUCAAAUCACUAAAGUAAUUUUGAGCAUUUGGUCCAAUGUAUCAAGCAUUCGGUAGCAUAAAGAGGGGCUACAGUCCCAUUCUUGUCCGUUCAUCAGCUUUCUUGUAGUCCAGAUGGUAGUAACUAGAUUCCCUCAGAUUGUCCGUAAUGAGUUUUACUUUACAGACUUUGAUUCUCACGGAAUGGGAGUGAAUAACCAUGAAUGUGUUACCUGAAUGAUCUUUUUUAUUGCAGAGAACAGCGGUAUCAGUAAAUGUGUUUAACCAAAUGUUUUCAUUCAUUUUUCAGGUUCCAUUUAUUCUAUGAAUUUCUGGCGCUGA